GCAAAACACGGUGGCUCAGUGUAUAAUUCGUGUAUCGUCGCCGCCCACACUGAAAUCUGUGCAGAAUCCAUCUCGUAUCGCAGACAGGGCUGACUGUACAAGUCAGUGAGCCAGAGAGGGUAACCUGGUCCCCCGUGCUCGGAGACUCAGGGGAAGGGCCUCCUGUCUGAGGGAGCUGUGUUGGAGGGGAGGCUGUAACACACCCCCUGUAUCCCCGGCUGCCGCAGAGCGGAGGGGGCGGAGGACAGAGGCUGAUUCUGGGAGAGGACAAGAUGGCUCGGCCCAGGCCCCGGGACUACAAGGCAGGAGAGCUGGUCUUCGCCAAGAUGAAGGGCUACCCGCACUGGCCAGCCAGGGUGAGCGAGUGGGCAGCUCGGGGGGUGCACAGGGGCCAGGCAGGGGGGGUACAGGGGGGGGGCAGGAGAGAGAUGGACCCUGGGGUGAUGGGCAGGUACCCCAUUAAUGGGCAGAUCUCAGGGGAAGAGGGAAAUGGAGCUAACUGAAUGCACACACUCACACUAUAGGGGGAUGGUAUGAGGCACUCAGUGUAUACACCAGGUGAGUGAGGCCUGAAUGGAGCAUCACUCACUGUAUAACAUCCUCACUGAGCAUCACUCACUGUAUGACAUCCUCACUGAGCAUCACUCACCGUAUAACAUCCUCACUGAGCAUCACUCACUGUAUGACAUCCUCACUGAGCAUCACUCACUGUAUAGCAUCCUCACUCAGCAUCACUCACUGUAUGACAUCCUCACUGAGCAUCACUCACCGUAUAACAUCCUCACUGAGCAUCACUCACUGUAUAACAUCCUCACUGAGCAUCACUCACCGUAUAACAUCCUCACUGAGCAUCACUCACCGUAUAACAUCCUCACUGAGCAUCACUCACCGUAUAACAUCCUCACUGAGCAUCACUCACCGUAUGGCAUCCUCACUGAGCAUCACUCACUGUAUAACAUCCUCACUGAGCAUCACUCACUGUAUAACAUCCUCACUGAGCAUCACUCACCGUAUAACAUCCUCACUGAGCAUCACUCACUGUAUGACAUCCUCACUGAGCAUCACUCACUGUAUAGCAUCCUCACUCAGCAUCACUCACUGUAUGACAUCCUCACUGAGCAUCACUCACCGUAUAACAUCCUCACUGAGCAUCACUCACUGUAUAACAUCCUCACUGAGCAUCACUCACCGUAUAACAUCCUCACUGAGCAUCACUCACCGUAUAACAUCCUCACUGAGCAUCACUCACCGUAUAACAUCCUCACUGAGCAUCACUCACCGUAUGGCAUCCUCACUGAGCAUCACUCACUGUAUAACAUCCUCACUGAGCAUCACUCACUGUAUAACAUCCUCACUGAGCAUCACUCACCGUAUGGUAUCCUCACUGAGCAUCACUCACUGUAUAGCAUCCUCACUCAGCAUCACUCACUGUAUAGCAUCCUCACUGAGCAUCACUCACCGUAUGGCAUCCUCACUUAGCAUCACUCACUACAUGGCGUCCUCACUCAGCAUCACUCACUGUAUGGCAUCCUCACUCAGCAUCACCCACUACAUGGCAUCCUCACUUAGCAUCACUCACUACAUGGCAGCAUCACUCACUGAAUGGCAUCCUAACUCAGCAUCACUCACUAAUUGGCAUCCUCACUUAGCAUCACUCACUACAUGGCAUCCUCACUCAGCAUCACUCACUACAUAACAUCCUCACUUAGCAUCACUCACUGAAUGGCAUCCUAAUUUAGCAUCACUCACUACAUGGCAUCCUCACUCCGCAUCACUCACUGUAUAACAUCCUCUUUUAGCAUCAGACAGUCACUGUAUAACACCCUCAUUCAGCAUCACUCACUGUAUAACACCCUCAUUCAGCAUCACUCACUGUAUAACAUCAUCAAUCGGCAUCACUCACUCCAAGGUAUCAUUCAGCAUCACUCACUCUAUGACAUCAUUCAGUAUCACUCACUCUAUGACAUCCUUAUUCAUGAUCACUCACCCAGUGCAAACUUAUUUCUGCAUCACUCACAUCAUGCCAGCCUUACUGUCAUCACUCACUCCAUGCAUCCUCAUUCAGUACUCCAUGGCAUCUUCAUUCAGCAUCACUGCUCACAUGGGGACCACUCACCCAAUAUAUUAUAUACCAAGAGUUCAUUUUACUAACCCUAACCCUGCAGUUGGUCUGUGCACAGAGGAAUCUGUACCUGCAUGUAAUAGAGUUUUAUAUUUGUUUACUGGUGGUAGUGCAAACUUCACUUAGUAAUAAGUUAUAAAGUGAUGGAGGUUACACAUCUCACAUUUGGUUGUUGUGUUAGGACUUUAAAUUAUAGAUGCCAUAAUGUUGUUUUUUAGAAUACUAAAAUAAUUUGUAUUAUAUUGUCAUUGCCAUAACCCUCAGUGUCAAUAUGUAUGUAAGAGCUUAACAAAUCCAGUCUUAAUUAAAACUAGCAUUUUGUAUUUUAGCCCAUUUAGAAAUAUGAUGCUCAUAUAUUUGCCUUAAGUUUUUGUUUUAUACCACAUCCCAAAUUUGUAAAAUAAAAAAUAAACAUCAAUAUAUAUUUGCAGCACUAAAAAAUAUCAGCUACCUUAUGUUUCUAUUCAAUGUGGAUAAGAGACACCUUUUUAUUCUCUUUGAAUACCUAUUUUAAAGUCUUUGGCAAUUUCCAAAUCAUUUGAUGACACUAUAUAGAUUAGAGUUCAAACUUCCAAAUUGUUCAGCCGUUUUGCAUCAUACAUUCUCUGGUAUGGAAAUAAAAGUCUAGAAAUGAAAUAAUUAUUUUAGUGAAUAUUCAAAACAACACAGAAAAAAAAUAUUUUUUAAUGUAAUUUUUAUUUAAUAAUGCUAGACUAAAAAUAAUACAUUCUGACACUAUUUGAAAAUAGCGUACAAGAUAAACUUUAGAAGUUCUGUAUGUAAUAAAUCAGAAUAAUCAUAGUGUCUUGUAUACUUGGUUUAAUGUUGGUUCCUGGGAACAAAUAUACAAACAAAAUUACCAAAGCAGGCACACUAUACAAAAUAAACAACAGAAUACCUCUGCAAAAUUAAGUAGAGAAUCAGGGUGCUCAGUCAACAGCCCUAUUCCCCAUUGGACUAUGAAACAUAAUACAUUGUAUACAGAACAAGUAAAAAAUCAAUCAACUUCAUUAUAUAAACCAAACUUACAUUGUAUCCAUGAACAACUUCAAAAACAAAAAUGACGAUACAGUGCUAAUUAUCUGUACAUAACAGAAAGAACAUGUACGUGAAUAACAUAUAUCAAUACAAAGAAUGCAAAGUAAAACACAAAAAAUAAGAAAUAAAAAAUUAAUAAUAGAAAACCACAACCACAAAAAAUGAUAAAGUAGAUGAUAUCAAGGCAGAUAUACUAAAACAACUACAAAAUACAUACCACUGAUAAACUGAAACACAAAAGAGUUGUGAGAAAAGGGGAAUAUCCAAGAUAAUGCCCCCAACUUUCGGCGGAAAGCAUUUAUCAAGGAAGCCUUGCCCACAAAUAAAAGCAAGUGGAAAGACAAGGGUAUAUUCAUUAAGAUGCAUGAGACUUAAGGAAACGAAAACACAAAAGAAAAACAGAAACAUAACAGGGUUGUUUUAGAUGUUCUGUGAUUAUUUGAGUGAUAGAAAGAAAGAUGCAGCAAAUAUUGUGAGGUAACCCAGCCAUCCUUCUUUGUAGCACCCCUAGAGGGAUAUAGAUAAUCAUAGUCCAGGGCUUAAAAUUUCCACUAACUAUUGGUGAAUAAAAAUCACCCCUGGAGGGUGUACUGUGGCUUGCAGUGGCGAGUAACUUUAAAGGCAGGGUUAGUAGUAUUGGACUACAAAUUUUAAACCCUGAUCAUACAACUGUUAGAGCUGUUAUCUUUUUUUCUAGUCUAUAUGACAUUUUUAAUAAUUAAAGAAUUAUGAGCUUUAUUCAUACUACUUUUGAGUUGACUUUUGAGUUCCAGGCUGGCUAAUGUCAAUUCUGUGCAACUUUCAUAGUACACAAUGUCAUUCAUUGGCUGAGAGCGGUCAGCUGACACUCUCAGCCAAUAAAUGGAUGGCAGCCACACAAUUUAUGGUUAUGAUUCCUGGAGUAACCCUUUACAAGCAGUAGAAGAAAAACAGUAACAUAUAACACAACAUUAACAAACAAAAAAAUGGUCUUCUUUUCUAACACUCAUCCUUCUUGGAAACCCAGUUCUUAGCUAAUGCUCUGGUCAGUAUAGUGUUAACCCACCCCUUCCCUUUUUAAAAAUGCCUGCAAAACGUCAUGUAUAAUGCUAAAGCUACAAGUAAGGUAAAUGGAGUGUGCUGGGUCCACAGGUUAAAUAUGCAGAAUGAAAUAGCAGCUUACAAUGCCAUUUGAAAUAUAAGUUAAAUACAGGUGCCUGGUUUUAGCUGUGACAUGUAUUUACUGUAUUCAGGGAGGCAUUUUGGGAUGUUUUUGAAAUCCAUGUAAGGGCAUUUCCAUUAUAUGUUCUAAAAUUAUUUGUCAUUCUCUAUACAUUAUUCUAAACUUGUCAGGCAUAUUGCAAGAGAAAAAAAAAGCUAUACUAAAUCAUCUCUAAUUAUUUAGCUCCUCCAGUUUUUAGACAAUGCAAGAGCAAACCCAUUGUAGCACGUUUUCUAAAUGUAUCUGAAAAUCUGUAAUUUUAUCCUUUAACGGCAAUCUUGUAAUACAAUGACUGCUUGGUCCUCAUUUCAUGGAUAUUGAUCCGUAUUUUGUAUCAAAUAAUUGUUCACAUUUAUUUAAUUUUGUGGAUGUCCCUCAGUAGCAAAGGGUUAAACAUGCUAAACUACUCCUUUUAUUUUCAUUCCUAACUAUUCUGUGAUACUAUGUAUUGCGAUUUACUAGUGACAUCUCAAAGCUGGAUCUGGGAAAUUACUGAAAUAAAAGCUAAAAUUAGAAUGGUUUGUGAAUAUUGACUAAAAUAAAAUUUAAAAAACAGCACUGUAUACAGGUGUAUUUGAGCUAUAUUUUAUACUUAUUAAAAUGGCUGUAAAGCUAUCUAUUGAGUCGGAUUAACAGUUCAGAUUGCACGUUUGCAAUUUAACCUAAAUGUGUUUAUGUGAUGGAUUCCUGUUUACAUUGCCUUUAAGUGUGUGCUCUCCAUCACCUCCACUAAGCAGACACAAACACGGCUAUUGCACAUACACAAGCAGAUACAGCAAACAGGGGGGAUUUCUUAUGAAACAAAAAAAAAUCCACCAGAGAUUAAGAAUUGGUUCCCUUCCUAAAUACCAUGAUUUCACGCUGUAGUUUCUAUUUGAUCCUGAUUCCACUCCCCAUGCAGAGCUCACACUGUGAUAGCGUUGCUCGGACAGACAGCCAGGUGCCUGUGUGAUUUCCAUUAUUCUUUACAUGGUAUUGUCUGAUCUGUUCUGCUCCAGCCAUCUUGCUUAUUCACCUGAACAACAGCAAUAUAUGACUGGUUUGUCUACACACAGCUAUAGCCUUUACCUUUAUUUUAUAUAGUAUGCUGCGUGCUAAUGUAAUGCAGUUCAUGUAGAAGCAUUGGCUUAAUCAAUCACAGGCAGAAGGGAAUGGCAUCUUGUAGCACGAGGGGGAAAAAAAGGUUUCUAGGAGAAGCAGUCUGGUAGGGAGCUGAGAGCUGGGCUGUUCAUGCUUGUUUGUGUAUGUAUGUAGGUGUGUGUGUUUGUGUUUCCUCCAGUAAAAUGUAGAAGCUAAUGAGAGAUGGGUAUAAAAGCAAAGCAAGGCUGAUACUGUGUCCUCUUGAUUAUGCUGUUUGUGAUAGUUAGAUAAUGCUAUCAGACACUGCUCACUAGCUGUGGUUUUUUUACAAUAACCGCCUCAGUCGGUUGUAGACAGAAAAAUGAUCUUCAUGCUUUGCCCUCUCUUUCAAACGCUGCAUCUUUUAAGGAAACACCAUUUUGACUUUAUUCCAGAUCCAUUUUAAGUAAAAUGUCAUGGUCAGAUUCUUUCAUGUUUUUUUUGGCAAAGACUGUAUUCAUACUUAUUCUAACCUCGUUCUCUAUAUUUUUUUUAUUUUUUUGCUGCUGAUGUAGUUAUAUUAUAUAAGAUGUUUUUUUAGUGUUUAGAGAUAUUCACGAAACUGGGAAUUGUUUGGAAUUGUCCAGGAAACUGCACAUUUCAGUCUAAAUUAACAGAGUUGGAAAAAUAGUUGAAGUGGAUAAAUUUUCAAAUUUUAAAUUCCCUGAUCAAUUUGAGAUAAUUCGUAGUUUAAUGAAUAAUCCAUCUUAUGUAUCUCACCUCUCUUAUUUUGUCAUUCCUUUAUGGUGAAACCUAGUAUAUAUUGGUGGUUUCUGUAAUCUCUGUGAAAGGUUGCUGUCAGCACCAUGACAAGUUUAGUGAUUUUAAGUGGUUAUGGUGCCUGGAGUCUCUAUGUGCAAGGUUCCGCUAUGACACGCUGUACAUACAUGGUGUAACUCCUCUGCUUCUGGAGGUGUAGCUCCAUCUCUGGAAGCGUCAUUGGGCCGUCAUUAGCCAGCCCUAGAGUUCCAGGUUGCCAGUGUUAAUUCUAUGCAUACUGAAUGUCUGACGUCAACAGGCAUCCAAUGGUGGCAUGCCCCCCACAAAAAACAAAGUAAACAAAGUAAAGGUAAAACUAAACUCUGUUCCAGCUCUGAGGCCCUGUCCUCUUUGACUUCACUCCCCAUUAGUGAGGGGGGGUGAUUUCAGUGGAGGAUGAUUGGCUGCAUGGAGAACUUGGACUUAAGUUGGGACAGAGGUAAGUUUUAUAAAUGUUCUCAAUUGGGUGUUGUACCAACACAACAAGGGUUACUCUAUCCAAAAAUAGUGGUUUAUGAAAGCACUUUUUGGGGUUUGAGUAACCUUUUCAGUCUUCUUGGUAGCAAAUAUUACUGUGGAGGAGCUCCGAUACUUGACUAGAGUAUCUCUGCCAAAGUCUCCCUUCUUUUCCGGCAGAGUGUUCAAUGAUAUAGCUGCACACUCAAACAUCAGUUGAAACUUAAUGAAGGGUAAAAACAGGAAUGCUUUAUGGGGUUAAAGUGCACACAUUUAUCCAAAGACCCCUUACAGGAGGUCGAUAUCUAAAACAAUGAAGAUCCCACAUAGGCGCCUCUGUGUGUGGGAGAUAACUAGAUAGAGUGCCACUAAUCUAAUUAACCUCCUGACAACAGGGCACCUUAACAAAAUAUCCUCAAAUAUACAAUUCUCCCCCAGCAAACCCCACCUACAUGGUAGCCCCAGAUAGCAACACAUGAGAAUCAUCUACAGUAGGGUGAAUAUCAGUCUUUUCUGCUUUUUUAUUUUCUGACAUGGUGUCUUUUCAUUUUAAGAUUUUAGCUUAUAUAUGCACCACCAGCGUUAGCUCAAUGCAGAGAGCUUCCGUCUCUAAUAGAAAAAGUAAGCUGUCAGUCAUAGGCAAGCAUUUUGCUAUUUACUUUGAUGAGGUGGUACUUAAGGUACUUCUUUUAUAGUUUUUUGUUUUUCUUAACCGGACAGUCAAGAUGGUAUUUAAUGCCUAUGGGUCUAUCCAAAAUGUUCUAACUUUCUUGACAUUGAUUUGGGUGAGAUGGCCAUUUGGAACAACGAAACCCUCCAAUUCUCCUACUCAGUAAUGUAGAAUUGAUUGCAAAAGUAACAUAGUUGCAAAAAACUUGCACUAUCCAAUGUGUUUAAUCUGUUUAAAGGAUCACUAUAGGGUCAGGAACACAAACAUGUAUUCCUGACCAUAUAGUGUUAAAAACACUAUAUGGACAUGUAUUCCUGACCAUAUAGUGUUAAAACCACCAUAUAGCCGCCCUGGGCUCCUCAUGCCUCCUUAAAUAUAGUAAAAAUCUUUCUGUGUUCAAGCUUGAAGCUGUAACUCUGCAUGCUGUUAGACUGAGAAAAACAAGCAGUGUGCUGACAUCAUCCAAAGUGGUAGCCUGAUCCAAUCACAAUGCUUACCCAUUGGAUUGGCUGAGACUGACAAAGAGGCUGAUCGGAGCAGAGCCAGCAUGAUUCAAACACAGCCCUGGCCAAUCAGCAUCUCCUCAUAGAGAUGAAUUGAAUCAAUGAAUCUCUAUGAGGAAAGUUCAGUGUCUGCAUGCAGAGGGAGGAGAUCUUGAAUGUUUGGACGCAUUUUAGGCAGCCAUGACCCAGGAAGGAUCUCUAACAGCUAUCUGAGGAGUGGCCAGUGAAGUUAUCACUAGGCUGUAAUGUAAACACUGCAUUUUCUCUGAAAAGAAACUGUUUACAGCAAAAAGCCUGAAGAUAAUGAUUCUACUCACCAGAACAAAUUCAAUAAGCUUUAGUUGUUCUGGUGACUAUAGUGUCACUUUAAGUGUUUACAGCAAAAAAAAAAAAAAAGAAGUUGUUGACUUGCUAUGCAAAGCUGAUACUUCUACCCAACACAUAAAACCAGGUCUGUUUGAUUUUGUCAGAUUGUAAAUUGCAAGUCACAAAAUCCAUGUAAUGAUUUAUGUAGCAGCAUUUAGUGGUCCUCAAGUAAAAGAGCUAAACCCAAAAUAAAAUUAAAAGAACACUAUGCAUUCAAAUUAAGAACUCUUUUCUGAAUACAUAAGGUGCAUUUUUGUUGAUAAAGAGCGUUAAAUAAGAUUUGCAAAUAAUAAUUCUGUAUACCAUAUUAAAAAAAACAAAAACAAUAUGUUUAACCUUUUUCCCUCUGAAUUAGUAUAGUAGCAUUCCUGCAGCUAGCCAUGUGAAAUUUUAAACCAUGUUUUCUUUUAGGAAGCUGACUGAACAUAAAUUGGCAAAAAGUACAUGAUUCCUCCAACACCAAUUUCAUUCUGCUUGAUGGGGAGCCCGCAAACAGCAGCACUGAUAUGAUGAUAGAUAAUAUUGUUGGUCCCACAAACCUGGUUUCCCAUUGAGAAUUGCGAAAUUGUCAGGGGCAGUUGGGCUGAGCAUUUAAACCCACUCCUGCUUAUGGCUGCUGAAGAGAUUGCAAACUGAAAUGCCAGUCACAACUAGAAAUCUCUCCCUGCACAGGUCCACUACACACAGGGAAGUGGGACUUGUAGUAGAUACGUCUCCCUGUGUGUCUUGUCUUUGUACUGCUGCCUGCUGGUCUUCCUGUAGCUCAGCUCGCUGACCAGUGAUAUCAGUGUCUGAGCUGUGUACAUAUGGGGCUAAGGAAGACAGUAUGCUAGAAUUGAGCGAGUGGCUAAAGGCAGGGUUAUGAAGCACAAUUUUGCAAAAAAAAAUGUUUUUUCAUUCUUUCAAAAAAAUGUUUUUACAAAGAUUUCAAUAUGCAAACAAAUAUAGCAUAUGGAGGCAAAACAACUUUCAAGUGCAUUACAUUUUAUAUUGUUACACAUAGUGUCCUUUUAAAUUAAUGUAAAAUGAGCGAGGGUACCUGUGAUCACAGGUAAAGCAGCUCUGUCAUGUUUUUCUUUUUCCUCUUUCAGUUUUCCUUCCCUUAUUCCCCUUGUAUCCUAAUGACUAUACUCCCCUCUUCGCUAUGUGCCUUUUUUUCAAUUCAUUUAUUUUCUUCCUUGCACCCGAUCUCAAUACCUGGUUACUUCCUUUUGUUCUCCUCUGCCUGUGAUGUUUGCAGUUUGCCCUUCUGUUCUUUUGAUUGCUAAGUUGUGGAUAAAUUAGCUUAGAAACUGAAAUGGAAUUCUCAUGUAUAACUAAAAAUCUAAGGUGAAUUGACAAGAUGAACUAGAGAGGCAAAAAUAAUAAUUUUAUUAAGACACGGAGGCUCCUAUUAUGCUGCACUCUUUCUUUAUUUACCUCAGCAGCAAAGAAAAAUAACAUUAAAUCAGUAUAAAAGAAACCAGUAAAUAACAUGAGGUAUAUCUUCCUAGCAACAGAACAGCCAAUCAGCAUCCUCUUUAUAGCAUAAUAGGCAGUGUCCAGUAUACUACUUCCUCUUUCUUUGCUGCUACCUCAGUUAAGUGACACUGGGUCCCAUGGUUCUUAACUGUGGGAUCUUUUACUUUACUUUAUUCAUAUCAUUACUGUGAUUAAUAUAGUUAUUAUAGUUAUUACAUUUUAAUUAUAAUAUUUUCAUGUUUAUACAUAUAUUUAGUUACUUCAUUUUAACGUAAUUUGAUUUAUUUACUUCAUUUGCGUCUGUUAUAUGCUUUAUUAUAUAUCCUUUGAUAAUGUAUUUCCCCUCUGACCUCCCUGGGCCCAAGAUUACCAUCAAUUGGGGCUCAGGGACGUCUUUGAGGAUCUUUAUCCCCUGAAUAGUGCUAUUGUGCUGUUUUUUCCCUUAAUUUAUCUGUCUGGCUGCUGCUCUGCCACCAACUGCCAGAAAUCCAAGUUGGGGUUUAGUUGUAGUGGCAGCCGGGCAGCUCCUUUGUUUUUAUAUUACAAUUGCUAUUUUUUUUCACUAUUGUGAGUACUUUCAUUUCUUUAUCCUGUUUAGUUAUUUAUUUUUACUUGAGGGUUACUCAACCCUUUACUUUUGGUAUUAUUUUGCUUUAUUCAGCCCCUUAGGUUUGUUUGUAUAUUUAUGAUGCAGUCUGCCAGGAUCUUUCUGUGCCUUCUGGGUCUACAGCAAACAUGCAGAUUAAUGUAGAAGCCUCUCCAGGUAUCUCUGGAGAUGAGGCUGAAUUUCUGCUUUACUGAUCCUGCUGACAUGCAGGCUUUAAUUGACACUUCCAUGGCAAAAGCAAUGACAAGGCCCUGGUGUCAGGCCGCAAGGCCUCAUAUAAGGCUAAACACUCCUCCAAAACAAUAGAGAUGGACAGUACCAUACCUGUCAUGGAUGGCGCGAUUAAUUUACCACCGCGCAAAAGAGCUACUAGUCGGGCAAAAUCGACUAGACUUUGGAAAAGGGCAAAAGCCCAAUUAAACUCUGAAUCCAAGUUCAGUGAUAUUGAGGAGAAGUUCACCGAGUUCUAUAUGGAGGUGUACCUGUACUCACAACUGCGCUGCUUCAGCCUGGCCGCAAGGCCUCAUAUAAGGCUAAACACUCCUCCAAAACAAUAGAGAUGGACAGUACCAAACCUGUCACGGAUGGCGUGAUUAAUUUACCACCACGCAAAAGAGCUACUAGUCGGGCAAAAUCGACUAGACUUUGAAAAAGGGCAAAAGCCCAAUUGAACUCUAAAUCUGAGCUCAGGGAUAUUGAGGAGGAGUUCCCUGGGUCCUAUAUGAAGGAUUCAGAGGAUAUUUCUGAUCCUGAUUAUGAAAUUACUGAUGAAGAGGAUGCUAAUCCCAUUUGGGAUACACGUCCUGUUAAACCUACCAAGAUUUAGGUAGAUUAUGCAGACUCAGGGACACCGAUAGGAUCUUGGACACUCAAUGUGAACCCCUAUUCGAACCUGACGACCUAUGUCAUCCAGUGGUCUCCUCAGACCAUGUAGCCAAGUAUAUUGGCAUCCAGAGUACGCAAGCCUUUUGAGAAGGCAAAGUGAAAUAAAUUGCGGGCUGAAUGGCCACGCCGAACAGUCCCUGAUGACUCAUGUUAAACGCUAUCAGUCAAUCCUAAAAGCAUUCAAUUCCUGAGUAAGACAGGAUGGAAGCCAUCUAAAGGCUUAGAUUUUCAUUGCAAAACUGUCAGGAUAAAAUCCUGGGCAUCUUGGGCUCAGCAGCCAAGAUCUUUGAAGCAGUGGAGGAUGAUCUAGAAUUAGAUUGCGCCAUCUUAAGUGGUUAGAUCCAGAGAGUAAUUUAAGUUGGCAACGCCAACAAUGCGGUUGUCACAGAACACCACAAAUCGAUCUUGCUCAAGAUUGAGCCCAAACGAGCCAGAUAACACAGGCAAAAGGUUUUCUCUUUGGGGACAACUUUGUAAAAGAAUUGGGCUCCUUUGUCCUGCUAAACAAACAGAAGUUCUUUUAGACAGAACCAAGGCUCUUAUACUUGCCGAGCCGAUUUCUUUGAACAAUGUACUAUACCAACCUCCUUCUCACAAAGUGGCCGACCCUGGAUUGUUAGUGGCCUAAGAGGUGCUCCUAAGACGUCUUCACAAUUUCCAUUCUUUCUUACUGAUAGUGGGGGGCAGGCUCACACAUUUUUCCCAUGUAUGAUCCCUCAUUUCAUCAGAUGCUUAGGUUCUUCACACUGUGAAAGGGUAUUGCAUAGACUUCCUUUCUCUACUUGUUCAAUGUUCCCCAUCAAGGGAAAUUGUUUUUUCCCAAUGAGACACAGACCUUGUCUCUGUGGACAAUCAAUUGUAGAGAUUCUGGCGCAUACCCUGGGUUACGUGAGCAACCUUUUCUUGUUUCCCAAAAAAGGCAAAGGUAUCCGUCCAGUAAUAAAUUUGAGACUGCUCAAUAGUUAUGAGCAUAUCAGCACUUCCAAGAUGGAAGGAGAGCAUUGUUUAAGGGAUCUUCUCCAACCAGCAGAUUGGAUGGCCAAAUUGGAUCUGCAGGAUGCAUAUCUCACAGUGCCUAUCCCAGUACAACAUCAAGAUCGAGAACUUCCUGCAAUUUACAUGGUAGGGCAGUAAAUAGAGGUUCAGGUGCCUCCCAUUCGGACUGUCUUCGGCUCCAUGGUGCUUCACCAAGCUCACAUCUUAUAAUAUAUUUAGAUGGCAUUUUCAUUCUGGCUCAGUCUAUUCAAUUAAUCCGGACAUACCUUGCAUGGACUUUGACUCUGUUAGAGAACCUAGGUUUCCUGACCAAUUGGGAGAAAUCCAUUAUCGUUCCCACGCAACAAAUACAAUUUCUGGGUUAUAUUGGAUUAUUGUAGAUUCUACCCUUCAAACUCUACACCCUCCGGUGGCAAAAUUAGCCAAUAUAAAGAAGGAGAUAGGCGAACACUAGCAACCUCUCAACUCUCUCUCUCAAACAACUGUUGAGAAUGUUAGGCCUUCUAGCGGCAUCUAUACAGGCCAUUUCUACAGGUCUUCUUGGCUAUCGAGCCCUACAACGAUUACAAACUUCAUCUCAAGGGCAGCACAUCAUACACAGAUAUGGUAACUCUGGACUCAGAAGCAGAGAAUGAACGCCAAUGGUGGCUUCUUCACAUGGAAGCUUGGAAUAAGCACACCAUAUUUUGUACAGCUCCAGAUUUGAUAAUCAAAUCCGACACAAGUUUGCACGGUUGGGGUGCUCAAUGCAGAACUAUUUCCACCAAGGGCAGAUAAUCAAACCUGGAAUCAACACUCCACAUCAAUUGUUUGGAACACCCGGUUCCUUUGCAGUCCAUAGUUUCUCCCCAACUCAAGCCCAAUACGCUAUCCUUCUGAAGAUGGACAACGUGUCAGCAGUCCGCUACAUUAAUCACUUGGAGACACAAAAUACAAAAUUCUGACCUACAUGCCUCGUGAUUGCUGGCAAUUUUGCCUGAGACACGGCAUGUCAGUCACGGCAGAAUAUAUUCAAGGUCUCUCCAACACUACGACGGACUGGUAUUCACGCCAACUCUGAGAUUCCAGCGACUGGCACUUGGAUUCCAUGGUCUUCCAAGACAUCUGGAACCUAUGGGGUCUAUUGGAAAUAGAUCUUUUCGCUUCUCGUUUGAAUGCUCAACUUCCCCGUUUUUUCAGUUGGAGACCAGAUCCGAUAGCAUUGGCUAUGAAUGUUUUCUCCAAGGAAUUAUGAUUUUUUGCCUUUCCAUCUACAUCGCCAGUCUGGCACCUGUUGAUCGUGGCUCCUCUAUCGCCAUCCCAACCAUAGUUCUCUUUUCUUCAGGAGAUGGUUAUUAACCUUCCAUCUCUCGAGUGCCUUCUUCAGGAUCCAGAUGGUGUACCUCAUCCUCUUGUUCUCCAAGGUCUCUUGCAUCUCAUAGUGUAGUCUAUUUCAGGGAACCUUGGUCGGUCAAGGGAGUUUCGCAAUCAACUCCCCAACUUAUCAAGGGUGCACCCAACACGAGACAGGCUUAUAAAUCAGCUUGGAGCAGAUGGCAUAGUUGGUGCAUGAAAAUAAAUUUAAAUCCCAUAUCGGCUCCUUUUAUGUCUGUCCUCCAUUUUUCUGACUUCUAUGAUGAAGGUAAAGCCUAUCGCACUGUGGACCUUAACGAUCGUCCAUUUCUGCUGGCCAUCAAAGUUUUGAUUGGACGCCUGUCGGUUGACAUCCUGUCAUAUAUUGACUUCUCUGAGGAAUAUGGUUUGCUCAUUCACCCUUACCACGAUACUCUGUCUUGUGGGACGUCUCUAUUGUCUUGAAUUUUUUUUUAUUUUUCUUGCAAGAGGUUUUUCUGACGUACGAGCUCGUGAGGUGGUUGCUUGUUCCUUUACUCCAGAAGGUGUCCUCUUUGACAUUUCACGGAGGACAAAAACCUCCUCUAAAAUCUAUCUUACCCAGUUUUCCCUGAUACAUCUCUCCUUUGCCCUGUUGCAUACUAAUGGGUGUGUGAACAUCGUUCUACUACGUUACAGAAUCCUUUGAAACAGAACUCUUCCAAAAGUCGCAUCUUCCGGUGUCUACUCUAGCCUGGUGGGUCAAAUACGUUAUGUCUCUAGCAGGUAUUGAUACCUAUGUGUCAGUGCCUCAUUCGGUUCGUAGGGCAAUGGCUUCUAAGGCUUCCUCGAUUGGUUGUCGCUUGGAGGAUAUUAUGAGAGCGGCUGGUCUUCAGAGUCUACAUUCCAUGAUUUCUACUUUAGACCUAUUCAACACUUCACAGGAGACAUAAUUUCACAGCUUUGAACUAGCAUAAUAGGAGCCUCCGUGUCUUAAUAAAAUUUACAGAUUUUACUAUUAACAUGACGUAAAGUCAUGAUUUUAUUAAUGACAUGGAGGCGAGUAUUAUCCCUCCCUCCCAUCCCUGGAGAUUUGGUCUUCUCUGGGUAAGUUGACUUCACGGUAAGUCUUUUUUGAAUACUGGGUUUUAUCCUUGUUAAUGACUGUCAAGAGCUUAAGGUUUGACUAAACUGAAUUUCAUGUUAUGUGUAUAUAUAUAUCUGAUAUUUCAUGUAAUGCGAAUUUAUGCAUAAAUCCAGUUUUAUACUUGGAUAUUACCAUAUUCUCUUUUCUCUUCCAGCUUGACUUCUAGAUCCAGUUUAAGGCUCGUAUACCCUCUAAUUGGAGCCCACUUUUUAUUUGGAUUUGUUGUCCUUGUUCGGGAUCGCAAGAAAGAGGAAGUAGUAUACUGGACACUGCCUAUUAUGCUAUAAAGAGGAUGCUGAUUGGCUGUUGCUGUUGCUAGGAAGAUAUACCUCAUGUUAUUUACUGGUUUCUUUUAUACUGAUUUAAUGUUAUUUUUCUUUGCUGCUGAGGUAAAUAAAGAAAGAGUGCAGCAUAAUACUCGCCUCCGUGUCAUUAAUAAAAUCAUGACUUUACGUCAUGUUAAUAGUAAAAUCUGUAAAUUUAAAAGCAAAACUUGCAAAGUGUCAGGGUCACUUUAAAUUGUAAGGUAGCUGCUUGAUUCCCUUUUACUUAUGCCUGUUACAGACAACUAAACAAGCAAGCAUGAGUCACCUGAGGCCCUAACAAUGAGGAACUAGGCAUAUGAUUUACCUAUUUCUAUAUUCCCUCUGCAUAAUCACUUACACUCUGGGAUGAGAAUGUUAACCACUAAGUCGCCCAGAACGUAUUCCUCCCACCAUUCCGAUUUAGGCUGGACAGUCCCGAUAUUCAGGUCUAAUCCCACCAUCCCGAUUAUCUUCUGGUGUUCCACUGUUGGGGACACCAGGGAACUGUCCCCAAAAAGUGUAAUGCGAGCACAUCAUUAGAAGUGCUUGCCCUAUGAUUAAGGCACUGAUACCCAGCAGAAAGCACUGAAACACUGCUGGCCUCUAGUGGGCUGGCCUGUUAUCUGUCAAUUCUUUAAGUGGAUCCUUUCCCGAUGGGUCCACCCCCUUUGGGCGGUGUCAGUGAUUCAAUUAAUGUCACUGGUCUGCCCCCUUAUACACCCACCCACCAUCUUCUUGCUAACAGAGACAAAAAGUUGACAGGUACAAUACCUAUUAUUUACUAUGUGUGACCUGCACUACAAUGCUCUCUACAAAAGUAUGGACAGUGUAGUAUUUAUUAUUUAGGCUCAUGACUCCUGAUACCUCCGUAAAAUGUUCCCUUUGUUUCCUCCCACCAAUAAAUAACACAACACCAUAUUAGUGGGUAAGGCUAACGGCCACAGCUUUAUUUUCUGACAACCAGCAAACAACCACUGUCAGCUGCUGGUUUAACCCAGCAAACAGAUAACAUAACUUUAUAACAAGAGCCUCUUCAGCCUGUCAUUCGUGAUCCACCAAAUCAGGCUGCGACUCCCCAAGCCCGUCCGGGCAGUGUCCUUUCAUAACUUGCGGGCGCAGGAAAACCCGCCAUCGCAGCCUGAACCCUAAACUAAGGAAAGGCUGCGUCCCCCUGAAGACAACGCUUUUUCAACAACCGUUUGGAAACCCAUUGUAACGGAUCACCUGGCACCCCGACUGGGUACCUCCGUUGAAGGAUGCUCCCAGCGCUUCCUGAGGACUCCAAGCACUGCAGCAGACACCACAAUCACCGAACCAGAGAAGCGUAUACCUUCCUCUCAAGCAUAUGAAUGCUGUAGACAGUUGAAUAGGGACCAUACGAAUAGGUUUACUCUCCUAGCAGUCAAACUGGAACAGCAUACAAUAAAUCCUUCCCCCAAUAAUGAGACGACACUUCACUUUGAGGGUUAAGCAGGAACUCCCUGUACUGUCACAUACAGUCUCUUUUAUUCCCAAUCCACAAACAUAGUACAGCCCACAGGGCGUUACAAAACAGCCAAUCAAUCCAUACAAUACACCCAGACACUCCCACACAAAAUCCUCCCCUCUGGCUGUGAUAUGGUUACUGAACACAAUGGGUAAUCUAAUUAUCACAGCCAGAGAAAUACAGUUUCAUAAAACACAUCACAGGGACCCCAAAACAUGCAAUAACCCCAUAAAAGUAUAUCCUUGGAGCUGGGGGAUCUGGGUGAACCACAUAUCCAAAAUUCACCCAGAUCCGUUCAGUACUUUGGAAAAUACAGUUUAAUGCAGAUUCUGCAGAACAUGUACAGGCUAAAUAAAAAACAAUCACUGUAUAAUGUGUCCCCUGCUGUAUAGUCCAAAACCACCGCACGAUGUCUCUGUGCAACAAAUACUGGCGAGAUGGCACCGUGUUGAAAAGUCCACACAGUGUCUGUGAGUUAAAAUGGCCACCAUCCAUUGUUCUCACCAUGUGCUUCUGAUACAGGAAAUGGUGGCCACCCAGUAACUCCACAGUAUGUCCCCAGAUGGUUCUUAAAGGGCUAGCAGCAGCACAACACAAAUCCAUUAUGCUCAAAUCAUGUCUUUAAAGGGCAAUACAUCCCAGGGGCCAUAGUCACAUGGCAGGAGGCUGGCAAUCAGUCUUCUCCAAUGCCCAGUGGCGAGGUCGGUUUCGCCACACCCAUAUUAAAAAUAUCCAGUCCAAUGGGAUUGAGGUAAACUCCAUCAUUCCUCAUCAUGAUGAUAUCCAAGUACCAAAUUGGAUAUCGGAUUUGCUAGCAGGACCCCUUGCCCUACAUUGUGAACCAACUCCAAUGCCCUAUCAAAGGAUGCAUAUCGAACCCUUUGAUAUGCCAUCAUUAACCAAUGGGGAAGGAAAGGUGGAGAAUUAACCCAUAAGUCUUCAAAUGACGGGUGGGAAAAGGGGACAGCCAUACGACCAAAGCUUACUCAACUUAUCUGCUAAUAUACCCUCCUUUCCUUGAACCAACGAUAAAUUCGUAGCAAACAACACCUCUGAAGAUGCUUGAAAUGGAAUAAUAAAACCUUCCGUGAAACCUUCCCAAAGAAUUUCCGCCGCUCGACGUUUAGGAUACCAUACAAGCCAUUUACGGAGCCUUUCCGCCUUUCCUCAUUCCUAGGAACAUCAUCCUUGGAUGCCGAUGUAGGUAAGGUUUUCCCCACUUAAAUCAGCGCACCACCAGGUGGGCUCCUCCACAAUGGGACCAGUCAUGUUUGAAACGGCAGCUACUUUACCAUCUGCAAUGGCUGUCAUUGAAGGGACAACAAAUGCCUUUUUUGUGACCCUCCGACCAUCCGACAGGAAUGCUGACGGGUGCCUUUAUCACAGGGUGCCUUUAUCACAGGUACCCUUGAUAAAGGCAGCCAAUUGGUGCCGAAACGUUGGGGGGUUUGGUGACUCGUGUUUCUGUCUUGAGGCUUGUUAGAAUUUUUGUGGUAAUUUACUAUUAUUAUUUUAUUGUAUUUGCCCUUGCUUCUGUCACUUGAGAUUGUUAUAGUGUGCAUUCUAUAUUCUAUAUACAUUUGUCUAAAUUGUUGGUCAUGUUUGAACCGAAUGGAUGUCACGUAGGCGCUCUGUUGAGACUGACGAAUGUCAGUUCGUCGAUCAGAGCGUGCGCUAGCACGCACCUCCGUCAUUUCUUGUGGAUCCGGAAGAGACGAGCGCGGGCUGCGAGACCUAACCGACCAUCCAGUGCUAUCUUGCCGACUUGAGCCGCCAUCUUGAGGGCAAGGCCCAAACCUGGAACCCUGAAGCCUGGAACUUCUUCCUGACCUCUUUUUCAUACCAGAAUUGGACGUUUUGUGUUGCAAACCGGCAGUGCUCGGUCCUGGACUUGAAGAAGCCUCCGGUCCUGCCCUUGGACACCUAACAGUACUAGUUGACAGCCUGGAUAGAGGCCUGGAGCGAUGAGCCUAUCUUCCAGGCCAAGGGGAAGCCACAUCAGAAACCAGUACAACAGGCUGAGGAUCAGGCACGACACACUGCAACAAGGAGGCAUAAGAGUCCGCUCCAUGGGUCCUAUAGAAGGACUGCAACAGGGUAAGUAGGGCUUCCCUAGUCAUGUCAGCUACUCCAGCCUUUAUUAAGUUAAGGUAAUGCCAACUACUCUGGCCAGCAGUCAUGUUUCCUCCUCCUUAGGCAGUCCGGGGGUAGGCCUUUACAGUGUAAAUCAACAUUGUUCAGGGUUUCAGAAACCUUGUCUGAAAAGAGGAAUUUCACCAUUGAAUAAAACAUUUAAAGAUAAAUUAUCACUACUUUGGAAAUUACACCUUUGAAGAAAACUUUAAAAAAUCAUCUUUAAUUUGUGUUUAAUUUUUUUUUUUUUAUGUGAUGCUCCAUUUUCUUCUUAUGUUUUAUUAAAGGUUUACCAGUAACUGUAUAUAUAUAUCAAAAUCCAGUUCAGUCUAUGAUCUAGAUACUGUCAGGGCACACAUUACGAACGAAGAAGAAAACUAAAAACAUCUGGAAUAUUUAUCAAAAUAUUGCUAAUACUUUUCUAUCUAAUUUUUGGUACAAUUUAUUACAUCUGUUGGAUUUACUGAUUUUGAAUAUAUGCAUUUUAUGAAUUUUCCCUUUUUACGAAAGAAAAGUGUUCAGUUUCACUUCUCUUUUAUCUGUGACUCUAUAUUUGUCAGUCUUCUGAAAUGGAAAUGUCUGUGAAAAUUGGUGGAAUUUACUAUAAUGCAAGCCAUCACUUUUUAGAUCACUUUAAUAAAUAUGACUAAAAUAAUGAUGGAAUUUAGCCAUCAUUUUUCAGAACACUUUGAAAAACAUAUCAAAUAUGUAGUUUCUCUGUGCCUCUGUAUGUUUUCUCUAUGCUGACUGCCAGGAACAAAGGACAGGAAGCUAAAAUAAAGGCACCCAUUUAAUUUUAGAAAAGAGAAAAAAACAAAGAAGACCAGGGUGCCACAAUUACAACUAUAUACUUAGCAGCUGGAAUGUUAAAACCUCAUAAAAAGAUAAAAGAAUACAAAAAACAUUGUAUAACCUUUAAUAAACAUAAAAUUAUAUAAACAGAAACAAACACACUCACAUGGAGAAGUGGCACAUAAUAAUUAAAUUAAUGUGCAAAAACACAUGGUGCCAAAUGCACAGUUCGACAAAGUACUUUAGCUGCAGCUCAGUCCGCCAUAAAAGGUGUUCUUUGGGCCCAAACUCGGAACUCCACUGCUGCUACUGGACCUCCACUUCUUCACCUCGCCUUUCUUCUGCUCGAUGCGCUUCGUCUCAGGAGUUUGCUGUUCCCUGUGUUCUUCAGAUUUUAAAUACCCCUCUUGAUGGCUGCCAUGCAUGCGCUGAAACAUCCCGACAUGACCCGUCAUGAUCCCGUCAUACGCCAUGAUGCCCGGCCAGUGUACGGACGCAUGCAUUCCACCAUGCUGGAAAGCAUAAAACUUUAUUGGUACUAAACAAAGCAGUCCCAAACGAAAGCACAAAUUGUUCGGUAGUUGUUUUUUUUUAAAAGCAUACAUAUAGAACGAAACAAGUAAUUUGGGAAUAUAAAAUCAACAUGCAUAUAAACUGUUACAACCACGAAUUCGGUAUUUUAAAACCACCAAUUCGGUAUUUUUAAUAACGAACACAUACUAUACAAAUUUAACCGUAUUACUUUUAGGAACACUAUAGGGUCAGUAACACAAACAAAUAUUCCUGACGCCUUAGUGUUAAACUAACUAUUUAAAUAGUUGUCUCCCCCUUUAUUCCCCUUAAAAAGUUAUUUUACUCACCUUUAUUCCAGCGCCACGUGGGUCCGCUGGCGCUGGCUUCGCCUUCUUGGCUGACAUCAUCAAGCAAUCUUGACAAAGGGAGAUUACAGUACCUGUACCUGUGUGUACCUGCUGGUUCCCCAUGUAUUGUGCGGCACUGCAGUGAGGAUGUAAUAAUAUACUAUCACUUUCCCCCAGCACAUAAGAAGCCUCAUGGGAGCCCCACUAGACACCAAGGAAGCCAUGUUUUACAUCCAAAAGGUAGACAAGCAUAAGGGUGGCUAGAAACAAGGAUAGAUUACAAAGUCUGUAUAUGUUAGGGAGUGUGUGUGUUUAUGUAUAUCUGGGAGUGGGCUUAUCUGCUUGAAAUUAUGUUUGGAAAUAUGUAUUGGUGUAUACAUGUGUGUGUGUUUUGGAUUUUGUUUGUCUCUGUACUUUGUAUUUGUGUGGAUGUAUUUAUACAUGUGUCUGCAAAAGAAUAACUUGGGAGGGGCAGUGGUUUACUAAGGAACCUAAAUUUCUGUUCUGUUCUGUUUCUGCUGUCAUGAGUACAAUUUUUCAGAUCAGUACGCUUUGUCAAAAGCCUACCAUUCCCAGACAGGCACUCGACUUGUUUCAAGGGGAGAAAGGGUUAAAAAUAACUUUUUGUCUGCACUACACUGAAAAUAAGGAUAAAAAAACUAAAAAACACCUCCAAAACACAAUAAAUGCUGCCACCAUCAAGGCAAUGUAGAAACAGGGCACCUUAGGUUACCGCAACCAAAUAAGACACAGUUUAGCAGAAAUGCUAAGCAUAACAUCUCCCUGAUGCUAUGUACUUAGAGCUUGUCCACAUCAGUGGUUUGAUUACUAUUUCAUUUUUAGCGAUUUUUGCUACAUUUUGAGCUAUGAAAUUUCUCUUUUUUUUUUUUAUCAACUCAGUAUUUUGUUAGAUGUUAUGGGGCUUAUAUUCCAGUUACUGUAUUAACUUUACUUUUUGUUGUUAUUUAUGUUUUGCCAGAACUAUAGGUAAAGGAACACUAUAGGGUCAGGAAAACAAAUAUGUAUUCCUGACCCUAUUGUGUUAAAAUCACCAUUUAGGCUGUCUUGCCAUUAAAUCUACCUUAUUUCCAGCGCCGUGUGGGUCCGCCGGCGCUAGCCCCGCCUUGAUCUGCCUCCUUAGUGACAUCAUCAAAAUUUACGAUUUUUAGCCAAUCCAAUGCUUCCCCUAUGUUAAAGCAUUGGAUUGGCUGAAAUUACAAGGAGAAAGGGCAAAAAAAUGCUGGUUUGGCUAAUCAGCGCCUCCUCCUAGAGAUGCAUUGAAUCAUUGCAUCUCUAUAAGGAAAAUUCAGCUGCAUGGAGACGCUGAACGGUAGUGCUGCUCACUGUGCAGCACUGCCCCAGGAAGCACCUCUAGUGGCCAUCCGAGGUGUCCCUAUGGGGAAAUGUAUACACUGCCUUUUCUCUGAAAAGACAGUGUUUGCAUGAAAAUGCCUGAAAGGACUGAUUAUCAUCACCAUAACAAAAAAGUUAAGUUGUUCUGGUGACUAUAGAGUCCCUUUAAUUUUCACUAGGAUAUUUUGGGCCCAAAACAAAUAUGAGUCAUUCACUUAAUAGAUAAUUUGAUUUACCCUCCUAAUUCUGCUUUUCCUGGAAACAAAAUGUGUGCAUGACUAUUUUAUUUACAUGUCACAGCCAGCACUGUCUCUCUGCUAAUGAGUCUGUGUCAUGUAGCUAUGGGGAGCCAAACACAGUUAUAUUUAAUGUUUUAGCAUAAAGUUCUACCGCAUCUUGGGCUGUGCUCCAGGACCAGUUCACAGAGGUAGAAAAGUGGAUCACAAACUCUUCCUAAACACUGACACAACUGUCACAAUGAUUUUAGGAAUAGUUCCUAAAUUACACAAAUUACACAAUUCCCACCUAUCCAUCAAAGCAAAUUCAAAUGGCACACUGACCGCAGUCCACUCUUUCAAAUACUCGGGUAUGUUGUUAAACCCCAAUCUAUCUUUUGGCCUGCACAUAGAAAAGCUUGCAUCUAAACUUUAUCCAAAACUAGGUGCCCUGUACAGAAACAAAUCCUGCCUAAGCCCUACAGUAAAGGAAAAGAUUGUACAGCAAAUGCUGAUGCCAAUCAUUGAUUAUGGGGAUGUAGUAUAUGCAUCUGCAUCACAAUCCCAAAUUAAUAAACUCAACACAUUGUAUAACUCGUUCUGCCGAUUUGUGCUACAAUGUAAUUACAGGACCCACCAUUGUGACAUGCUAAAAUAACUAAACUGGCUGUCGCUGGAAUCCAGAUGCACCCUUCUUCUUUCCAGCCUUGUGUUUAAGAGCUUUUCUGGGAAGCUCCCUCCCUACCUGCACAGAAUGCUCUCCCCAGCUGCUCCCAUCUCCUAAAACCUCUGGUCCAGUACCAGCACUUUAUUUAGUCUACCUCAAUACAAAAAGAAAGUAGCCCGAUCCUCCUUCUCCUACAGAGCACCGCAAUUCUGGAACGACCUCCCGCACACUUUCAAAUCUUCCCCGGGCCUAAAAUCCUUUAAGAGAUCCCUCUCUACAUACCUCAAAACAGAAUGCACCUGUCAUGGUUGAUUAUACAUUUCAUACCUGUUCUAUGUUAAAUGUUGUAUAUAUUGUGUAUUAAUAUUGUUUUUGUAUUUUAUUGUACCCUAUUGUAACAAUGCAAUGUUAUGUGGACUCAGGACAUACUUGAAAACUAGAGAAAUCUCAAUGUAUCUUUCCUGGUAAAAUAUUUUAUAAAUAAAUAUAAAUAAAUAAACAAACAUUACUACUCCACAUCAUACAUAGUAUUCCCUAUGCAGCAAUGUAAACACUAUUUUAUAUGUAAAUAGUUGUCAUUUAUAUUUUUUUAAAUUCUUUAUUUUUCUUGUGCAUAAGAUAACAGACAAGCUUGCAGCGCCACAACAGCAGAUGCGAGCAAUUCUAUAAUAAUCAAUGGCAUGGCAGAGAAAAUAGCACAUUUUAUAUUUGUUAGAUAUAACAGGCUAGUAAUACUUGAGUAAACUAUAGUAAAUAAGUAUACAUAGUAAAGCAGGUUAGAAAUAAGUGUUGCAUUAGAGUAAUUAAAGAAUACUAGAAAACAUGAUUUAGUACAUGCUGAUCUGAGCAGUAAACAUGUUUAAAGGACCACUAUAGUGCCAGGAAAACAUACUCGUUUUCCUGGCACUAUAGUGCCCUGAGGGUGCCCCCACCCUCAAGGACCCCCUCCCGCCGGGCUCUGGAGAGAGGAAGGGGUUAAACACUUACCUUUCUCCGGCACCGGGCGUGGAGCUGUACUCCUCCUCUCUACCUUGCUCGCGACGUCAUCGGCUGAAUGCUCAUGCGCGGCAGGAGCCGCGCGCGCAUUAAGCCGGUCGCAUAGGAAAGCAUUUACAAUGCUUUCCUAUGGACGCUUGCGUGCUCUCACUGUGAUUUUCACAGUGAGAAGCACGCAAGCGCCUCUAGCGGCUGUCAAUGAGACAGCCACUAGAGGCUCUGGAGGCUGGAUUAACCCUCAGUAUAAACAGAAGUUUCUCUGAAACUGCUAUGUUUAUAAAAAAAAAGGGUUAAUCCUAGAGCGACCUGGCACCCAGACCACUUCAUAAAGCUGAAGUGGUCUGGGUGCCUAGAGUGGUCCUUUAAGCAUAGCACUUGUCUGACUAGUUGGACACGUUAUCUGGAAUUGCAAGGACUAGACAUGUGCAGAAUAUGCAGUUAAGUUGAAAACCACUGGACUAAGCUUCAGUUGUAAAUGGCUGCACCUAGCUAUACGUGAUGAAAAACAAACGGAUAACAGACUAAAUAAAAAAGAAAGAAAAUCUGGGUGCUACAUUAAUACAGGCAAAUUGCUUCACACUCUGGUGCAAUCCCCAAAUUCACCAAAGGAAGAAAUGAUGUGUGAUAGUGAGUGGAGCAAAGUACCACUAGGAGACAGUAAAUAGAAAAUAUAUACAAACUAUUCUGAUGAAUGGAGGUUCUUCUAAUAAAGGAUGGUAUAUAUAAAAGAGAAGGGAAAACACAAUAAUAGUGCAGAUUGUUUGUAUAAAAAUACAAAUAUAUAAGUAUACAACUAUUUAUAAAUUGAGAGUCAUCUCUGCAAUGAUUGGUUUGAGAGGCUCCAAUAGGAAAAAUGACAAUGAUUUAUUGUCUGCCACAUGCAGGAUUAAAAUACAUAAAUACAUAAACAAGAAUAAAAAGUGGUGAAAGAAAAGGGUGGUUGGCCCCUUACUGGAUUUGAUGGUGAGUAUGACAGACUUCUGUCUACUCACUAUAACGCUUAAAAAAUAGCAGGGUGGCCGGCAGCACUCUUGAGCGUUCUCCUUGUUUGGCUAGAUGUUGCUGUAUGAUACCGGACGUCCAGGAGGAUUUAACUUUUUAAUUUCAACUUUUGUUUUAACAUAGUUAUUUUUAUAUUGUAAAAUAAAUUUUAUUUUUAUACUUUACAUCUGGACGUAAGUAGUGUUCCUUACCUUAUCCAUAGGGUUUGGUACCCCCCCAGUGGUACUCAUACUAUCUUACUCAGAGCCAGAGAUACAGGCUCUGAAUCAGGUGAGCAGUUCUAUAUAUUUCAUCACUUCACCAAUAUUCAUCUGCAUACUACACUAUGCUUGGCUUCUUCUAUUUUUAAAGGACCCAGAAGUGUUUCCAUCCAUUGUUUGGUUUGUGUUACCUACCAAAACACACCUGACCAAGUGAUCUGAGCCUGUCCUGUUGAGGCUCAGCACCAAGUGAGUGGUUCUAAACACCUUCACAUUAUUGAAUUAUCUUACAGCACUUCACUAUUGUAGUUCCAUUUUAUAUCCCUACCUCUAGGUUUUAAUACACCCAAAAAAGAGAGGGGGAGGUGAGUUAUUCACAAGCAUCUCCUUAGCACUCCACCUUUUGACCGGUGUUGGUUUUUACCACACAGUCUAUUGCCAUAUUUUGUAUUUUUGUGUCAAUCAGUGGAAGAAUUGCACAUAGGUGGUAGCAGCUCACACUAAUUUAUAUAUACAUUUCUCUUCUUAAGCGCCUGAGAACACAAUAUCACUUUACACCGAUCUCCAGAGGCAACUGCUUCAAACUCCGUGGUCUGUAGGCUUCUCCCCCUUCGUGACGUCAACGCGUUUUGCCGGACGUCUUCCUCAGGACGUGCUCACAACCACCAUAUUGGUUGUGGGCAUAUAUAGGGCAUAAGUUACUUAUGAUAGGUUGUUCAAUAAUGCAAAUAAAUGACACACAAUUAUGCACUUACAUAUAUUAACCAAUGAAUGACUAACUUAUAUUAUGUUAGCAGUUAAAAACAGAGAUAAAAUAUAUUACUAAAUGCAUAUAUCAAAAUUUUAAUAUAUCCAAAAUAAGGAUUGUUCGUUAAUAGUGAUGUCCCGAACAGUUCGCCGUGGAUGGCGAACAUAAACAUAAACUUUGACCCUGUACCUCACAGUUAGCAGAUACAUUCCAGCCAAUCAGCAGCAGACCCUCCCUCCCAGACCCUCCCACCUCCUGGACAGCUCACUAAGAAUCAGCUUCACAAUGAAUGUAAAAUGGAUGCUGUCCAGGAGGUGGGAGGGUCUGGGAGGGAGGGUCUGCUGCUGAUUGGCUGGAAUGUGUCUGCUGACUGUGAGGUACAGGGUCAAAGUUUAUGUUUAUGUUCGCCGUCCUUGGCGAACCGUUCGGCAAACCGUUCGGGACAUAACUUUUCAUUAAUAAUAUUAAAAUGACAGUAGCAUAUGACAAUCUUGGAGUAUUACCACAACAAGUAUAUAUCAAAAUUGCAAAUUACAUGUAAAUAGACUAUAAGAAACAUUUAUAUGUCGAAGUUGACAGCAUAUCUAAGAGUAUACCACAUCCUAAAAGCAAAUUAAAACAAUAUUGGCUUAAAUGAAAAGAAAAGGAAGGAGAAAGAAGGACAAAUGAUUAGCAUAUGAUAAAUACAUCCUAAUGUUUCGAAUAAAUAGUUAAAAAAUAUAUAUAUAUCCAUAUAGAAAAUGUAUUCAAAUCUGUGCCCUUUUAAAAAAUGUAUGUAUAAAAUAUGUAUUUUAAAUGGAAAAGGCUUUGCUUGAUCUAAAAAAUACAUAUAUGAAAAAACAUUUUAAAAAGCAUUUUUUAAUUUUUUAAUUUUUUUUUUAAAUCGUAUACAGUUAUAUAAAAAGAUCAUAUACUAAAAAAGACCAUAUUUUCAAAAAAGAAGAAAAAAGACAUAGGAAGAAAGAAGGCAUGGAGAGGUGGAGUAAAUGAAACAUAUACAGUUUUUUGUUUUUUUAUAUUAUGAAUUCUAAAAUAAUAACUUAAUAUAAUAUGUUAACUAAUUUCUUUAAAAAAUGACAAAUUUCAAAAUCAUUAUUCAGGCCAUGUGGAAUCAUAGUAUUUAAUUCGAAGAUCCACUGCAUUUCAUCCCUUCCUGUUUUUUCAUUAAAUAAUAACAGACUAAAUAGUAAUGAAUUUCAGGCUCCCCAAACCCGAAGUCGGUAUGCUGGAUUUAAAUAAUAACAGACUAAAUAGUAAUGAAUUUCAGGCUCCCCAAACCCGAAGUCGGUAUGCUGGAUUUAUUUCCUGGUACCCGUAGAUGGUCAUGAGGGUAGUUGUCAAUCUGUCCAGCGAGUUGGGUGCCCUUUCAGAGUCACUGGGAGGCAUAAGCAUGAGUGUUGACUUCCGUCUACCACUCCCGGUUACCUGACUUUGGGUACAAAUUUCGGCAUGUCAUAUUUGCGGAGAGAGUAAGGUGAGUCCGAAAAGAUGGAUAUCAGAUUGAGGGGGAACUUGGGAAGGCCGGUAGGCAUUAGGGCAGUUCAUUAAGGAAGUCCUGUUACUAUCCAUUCGUGGACUCUAGGGUACGCAGACUCGAGUCAGCCGAUGCCCUUGCUAAGUGGUAGGUGAGGGGGGUCAAGCUGCAUGAAGAAUGUCUGGACAGGACCCGCUCAAAGCCCUAGGCCAUCCCGGAAGCCUACAUCCGCCGUCUACGAGCCUGGGAGCUCUCACUGGAGACCAAGUUCUACCCUGUGGGGGGACAGCAGUGGAUCUUGAUAAACCACCGCCGUCUUCGGCGAUGGGCCCUCCGUGUGUGUGGGUGAAGCACUGGGAUCGUUUCCCUGUGGGGGUGAAUGUGCUGCCACUGUGGAGGGUGUGCCCUGGAGGGGCCUGCUCUUCUCCUGUCUCCGCUCUCUCCCCUCUUCCCUGAUGUGUGUUAGGAGCUUGGUCCAGAAUCUCUCAAAUAUUUCGGUCAGGCACUGCUGUGCCUGCUCCACGGUGUCUCGUGUGAUCGUGGUAGUUUCCAGCAUGUGUGGUUGCAGCGUGUCUGCCAUCUUGGGUCAGUCUGCUCCAUUUGAUGCCUGCAUCAGGACAGCUGUGGGAAGUCUGCAGACGGUAGUGGUGUACGCUAGUGGGGACCAGGAUAACCCCCGCCGGUCCAAAGGGGGGAGGGAUAGCUAGGUGCCGGUCGGAGAACCGGGAGAACGGCCGUCUCAUCCCGGCUCAAGUUAUAGUAGGCCUCCAUCUAUGUGUCCAGGCAAUCCGGUGUCGUACAGGCUUGUGUGAGGUAUCUCUGGGUUCACUGGCUUCUGCUGCUUAAGGUAAGUACGAGGUAGGGUCAGGAUUAGUGCAAUACUCGCCAGUAGCCCGGAAUUGUAGGGGACAGACGCGGGAGCUCAGACGAGAUGCGUCUGAUCCGUUCGACAGUCAGGCCCCGCCCCCCGUCAUUUAUCUUUUUAACUAAAACAAGUCUUUGAAAUUAUUUUCCUAAUAACUCAGUGGUGAUGCUCACAUGUAUUUUUUAUUUUACCAUCAUGGAGACGUUUUCCGAUUGUAUAAAAGCUCCCUUCCCUCCUCAACGCUAAUACAAUCCAGCAAGCAAGAAAGCAGGUUGCCUGCAAAUUAAUAGAAGCGUCUAACAAAUCCACACAUAAAGCACACAUGGUGAUGCAUACUGUUUACAGCUCCAUUAAAUCAACACUUAGAGUUUGAAUGGGAGAAAAAACAACCCAUCUGUCUGAUAACUGUGGAAAAAGGAAAGCGAGUAAGGUUCCGAAUUCUAUUUGCUCAACAAUAUCAGAUGUACGAUUGCACCCUGUUUGCUUGUAGUGUCCCUUUAAUGCUUAGCUUAAAUCCCAUUAACAUACUUACUGCUAUGGUUGUAUUGUAUGAAAUAUAUUAUUACUUUUCUCAAUAGAAAAUGCUGUUUUAAAAAUAAUAUAUAUAGGUAUUAUUGUUGUGCUAUGUUGAUUAACUUUGAAUUAUUUUUAGCGUUGACUGAUCCAGUUUUACAUUUUACUGUGUAUUGUCAUCCUAUUUAGUGUUAUCUGUCUAUAGAUUGCUCAUCAAAGCCUAUUUAUAUGGCACUUUUAAUAUUAGAAAGACUAUUGCAUUUUGGAGUGAUCCUACUUUAAUUAUUGCAUUUGGUGGAUUAAGGAUUUAGUGAAUAAAUAGCUCUUGUGUACAGAUUUCAUUUCAUUGGUGACACUGAUGCUUAUAAGUGACAAGUCUACCUUAAAGCAGCAUUGGCUCUUUUGGGCUAAUUUAGAAUGCCAAGACAUUAUACGUACACGUUAUAUAAUGGGUGAAACAAUAUCUUUGAUGUUCUGCUUCAGUGAAAACACGCUGACUUUGCUUUGUUAGUUAUGACUGUAACUAUAAUAUAAUGUGCUCUGAUCAUCUCUUUGCCAUGCUGAGAACUAGUGUCUCUCUUGACAGAUUGAUGAACUACCAGAAGGUGCCGUGAAGCCCCCAGCUAACAAGUUCCCAAUCUUCUUUUUUGGUACUCAUGAGACGUAAGUAUUGUGUUUUUUUUUAUUGAUUUCAUAUUUGAAAUAAAUAUCAAAGUUUACACAGUGCUUUGAUGAACUGGUGAAAUGGUUAAAUUUCUAAUGUUGUUUAUAGCUUGAAUAAUUUAUAUAGAUAAUCACCAGAGUUUCAUGUCCAAUAAUCAGUAGUAUCUUUACUUUUGUUAUCUUACAUCUUGUAAUGUAAGAUGCUAACAGAUGCAGCCACACAGUCCUUUGCAGUCAUUUCAGUCUUUCACCAUUUAUUUAGAGAAAUUGCCAUUCUGUCACCAUCAAGAUUAAUUUAUAGCCAUGUUGGCUUAAAUGGACAAGUAUUUUUUUUAAUGUAAAUCUGUUUCUGUAUAACUUGGACACCAGUUUACAUGUGCCACCCACUCCAUAUAUGGACAUUAAGAGGCUGUCGUCCUUAGAGCCAUACGAAGGUUUUAGCUCCACUAAUCUGGUGACUUACAGACAAUUUUAUUGUUUUUAGAAAUUGAGGUGUUGUAAUGAAUAAGGGUUUUUAGGUGGAAAUGAAAGGUGCAAUCUGUUUGCUGGUAAUGAAAUAUAUCCUACACAAAUAUGGAAAUAAUGAGAGGGCACUCCUACCAGAUAUAUAAGAUGGCCCUCUUUGAGGUAGGCACCGUCAACAAUGGUUCAGUACCAUUUCAAGUAUUCUAUGCAUGCGGGUAGGGAUACUGUACUAAACAAGUCUACAUUAUUUUCUCACUGUGUGAAUUACAUAUGGAGAUUUAUCCAAUUUGGCAAUAGAUGAGAGAAUUGGGAAAGAGUCACCAAAAAGCAAAUGGCAUAUAGAAUAUAAAAAUACAGAGUUCUAGGGCAGGAGUAGGCAACCUUCAACACUCCAAAUGUUAUGGACUACAUCUCCCGUAAUGCUCUUACAGACAUAUUGCUGGCAGAGCAUCAGGGGAAAUGUAGUCAUCAACAUCUGGGGUGCCGAAGGUUGCCGACCCCUGUUCUAGGGUGAGCCUUUGCUCCAAGUAAUUUCAAAUGGAGUGGUUGUAUGAUAAGGAAGAUGUGAAGUGAAUAGUAAGCUUGGUGGUGAUUGAAGACUGCACAACAUUUGACAUCAUCCAAAAAGUUGGUGGAAUGGUGCUGGUGAGUUAUUGAGAGGGUAGUGGAUGCAUGGAAUAGCCUUCCAGCUGAAGUGGUAGAGGUUAACACAGUGAAGGAGUUUAAGCAUGCGUGGGAUAGGCAUAAGGCUAUCCUAACUAUAAGAUAAGGCCAGGGACUAAUGAAGGAUGGUAAAAGGAUGGUAAACUUGAGCUAUGGGUGGGUUGGGAUUAUUUUCUGCAGGGUGCAAAUUGAAUGAACAGGCAAAGGAGAGUAAAUCAUUGAGUGACAGAAGAGGAAAAGGGAAUUAACUAAGCUCCACUUUGUAAGGACUGAGUGCAUUGGAUAUUUGUCAAGAAAUUGAUUUAAUUCUGUUUUAUUACACUUAUAAGUAUAACUAUGUGAAUAAACUUCCAUCUUUAAUUUUCAGUGCAUUUUUAGGUCCAAAGGAUCUUUUUCCAUAUAAGGAAUAUAAAGAAAAGUUUGGGAAAUCAAACAAGCGGAAGGGAUUCAAUGAAGGCUUAUGGGAAAUAGAAAACAAUCCUGGUGUAAAAUUUACUGGAUACCAGGUAAUUAUAUUGACAUUGCUAUAGAAAUGCAUGUUUCAUUAUCUUUGCAUGCCUCUGCUGAUAUCAAGUGGCAGACUUCAUUCAAAUCUGAAUGCUUUUCAGGACUAAUGCAAGAGAGUAUAACAUAGAAAGAGAAAUGUGGCAAAUCAAAUCUUUCACUCCAUGCCAAUUACUGUAGAACAGAGUAUUUGUUUUCAACAUGUUUUUACUGCUGGAAGCAACAUUUUUGUACAAGAUUUUCCACGUUUCCAAUGAGCCUGGAAAAGUGUAAUUUAGUACCACACACACUCACAUGCACAUUUAGCCAUACACACACCUCACAUACUCUCCCCCUUAUGUAUACCUGAUUAACAUUCUCACAUGUACCAAACUACUUAUACUUUGUCUGCAUACUCUCACAUGCACACACACAACUAACUGUUCACUCGCAUACAUAACUGUCCACUCACAAAUUAUUUACUUACAUACAUACAGACACAUACAGACACACACACUCGAUUAUGAUCUAAUUUUCCCUGGUUGGCUCUUCUUUGUCAGGAGUGAGGUGGUCAGAAGAUAUACAGUAUUUAUCCCUUGCAUUUACUGCUGCGGUAACAAGAUUUUUAUUGUAGCUGGCUCUUCCAGCUGCAUGGUCGAGAGCCUGUGGAGUAUGUGACCACCCUCUCCCACUGCUGUGAGCUGGGAUGCCGCACAGACGUCAGCAGGUUCCUGGACAAUUGUCAUUGCAUGCUGAUUACACCCCUCUAGACUUUGACGGACCUCCAGGGGAUGACCUUUGAUCUCUGGGUUCUCAUGUCUGCAUCAUGAGGACUACCUGCAAAUUUGUCAAGCCCAACCUUCAAAGUUUAAUACAAAUCCAGGUAUGGGUGGGUACACGCUGAUAAGAAUACCAAAAGAGCCUCUUGUCUCACCUUCAAAGUUUGGAAAACAACAUUAAAUUAAUUUUACCUUAAAAUGCUGAUUAAUAUGUACAACCAGAGCCAAUUAUAAAGGGAGCACAGUCCAUUUAAUAAUAGCUUAUGUGAAGUCAGGACUGUGUGGGCCUUUAAUGUUACAGAUCUUCUUCCCUUGCUGUAUCCCAAGCAAAUCCUCAUGGUAUUAAUGUGGGACAUACUACACCACCACAGUGGGCUCAAACAUUUCAAGUGCUUGACAUGAAGAGUCACUGGUAUUCUCAGUGUUCUGUUAUUCACCUUGGAAAUGUUUUCCCUGGGGUAAUGUGCAGUAGUAAACUACAUUUAUCACGUUGUAACUCAAAAUAGGAACCCUUUCAUUCACAGUAAUUGUUAGUUUGAUUAUUAGGCUGGUUGUCCAAUGAAUAACUCUUCUUCAUCAGCAUGGCAGCCUUGAAUAGGUAACAUGGCUAAUUUUAUUGCAAUGUUUAUUUCCUCGGAGCAAUGUAAAUGAAAAUGUAUCGGAAAGACGUUUAUUACAUGGCACUUGGUAUACAUAGUAGUCAUGUUGGAGGUAAAGGUCAUUGUCAUAUCUGGGAGCUUUAAUGUUCUUUAUGUUGACUGUGUCUUCAAAUGGGUAAAAAUGAUCAAUUUGGGAACAGAAUCACGUCAGGAGUAGUCAAGGCUACAAGCCACUCCUACCUUCCAAAAAUGUUUCAGUUGCCGUUCAGUGAAUUGUACCAACCAUGCACACAUACCACGUAUAAGACUUACCUUUGAUCAUCACAUUAGCUGUCUCAUAGUCCGAAAGAAAGUAAUAAUUAUCUGCUCUAGUAAGCCAAUGACAAGAGACACUUUAGAAGAAGAGUGCCCAGUGAAUGAAACACCUGUAUCAACUGAUGCUUUAAAAACUCUUGAGGUCUUAUCCCUUUAUCCCUUUACCUGGGAAGGGUAGAGAAUGGAAACAUGAAUAGCUUACAUUAGAUGAGAUUAUUUUUACACAAUUCCUGGUUAGGACUAUAAAUCCAUUCUUCUACAUAAACAGUUCUCUAGGGCAGUUAUGUCUGAUACAUGUAGCUUUUUCAUUUGCAGUCAUCAGCAUGUACUGGUACAUCUAAGAAUCAGUUGGAUUUUUUUUUUUUUAAAUAAACAAAGUAUAGCCAUAUACACCAACACCAACGCACCUUGGGUCAGGCAGUGUUUGAAGACUGACGGUUAGUCUCUAUAGUCUUCCCUGCUUCUUUGUAGGAACUGAAGCUGGGAAGCCAAUAGAGACUACCUCACAGUUUUCAAACUCAGAAAAAAGGACAAAUUGGGGGCUGUUCCUUAAUUUUAUUUACAAACACUGUCCAACUAAAGAUGCUAAAGGAUCCUGAAUAUAUACGGAUGCGUUUUCCCAUUUUUUUUAACCAUUUACUUAAUCUAAAAAAUCAAUUUCCUUUCUAAACAGGGUGAAAGGAUUUUUAUAAUAAAGGUGACAGUUGUCCUUUAAGGGUGGGAAAAUAGAACAAGUCUUCAUGCAUGUGAAAGUAGUUUUUUCCAGCAAAAAGAUUAUUGACAGGUAGAAUGUUUUUUUUUCAAGGCCAUUCAGCAGCAAAGCUCUUCAGAAACCGAGGGAGAAGGUGGUAAUGCAGCUGACGGCAGCAGUGAAGAAGAGGGAGAAAGAGUAGAAGAAGAUGGCAAGGGGAAACGAAAGAAUGAGAAAGCGGGUUCUAAGCGGAAGAAAUCCUAUACUUCAAAGGUUAAUACAUUGCAAUGUUAUUCACUAUGCACAACAUAUGGUCAGAUACAUCAGCAGGUCAGAUACUUGUUUUCUGGCACAUAAGUGGGUUUUUCCAGUUGCGGAGUGUAUAUUUUAAGGAAGUAAUUUUAUCUCCAUUUUCAAGAGGUUUGUGAAUUAAACGCACUGUCAUGCACCGCUCAGAAAAAGAUGUGAUAACUGUAAAAGACUGUGAUGACAACGAUACUGGAAAAUGUGUUUAUUACACAAUACGGUCACUGCAAUGGCCUGUACACACAGGGAUGUCAUACUCAUACAUUGCAUCUGCGGAUGGGUGUGCAUUUGCAUUAUCAUUUUACAAGCAUUCUCUUUGUGUUCUGCAAGUUUUUAUUUUCCUCAGGGAGUUCACUCCAGAUAUGUUUACAGCGAGAAGAGAAGAAUGUUUUAGUGUGAUACAAUGUGACAGAGUAAAGGAACGUUAGGCACGGACUGUAGUUUGAGUUAGAGAGAAAUAAAAAAAUUACUACGUAGAGAUAUAAUUGUACCAACUCCUAAGAGGACGUUUGAUUUUUUUUUGUCCAGUUUGAAAUAUUCCAUUUACAACUAUUCUCUGCACUCUAUCCUUAAGCCAGUGUUCUAUCCAAAAACAUGAUUGUUCAUCUAAACCAACUAAUUUCAGUUCUACUAAAAACCUUUUGGAACUGUAUUAAAUGCUUUAGCGUAAUCCAAGUAGAUCACAUCUACUGGAUCACCCAGUGCCAGAUCUAUAUUCUCCUAACUUUUUCAGAAUGUCUUUCAUACACCAUGUUGAUUCCUGCUAAGUAUAUUUUUGUUCAAAAUUAAGUCUUGAAUAAUAUACAAUAACAGUCCUUCAAAUAGUUUCCAACCACAGAUGUUAAGCUCACAGGUUUCUAGUUUGUCAUUUAAAUAUAGGCACUGCAUCUACUUUUCGCUAAUCCUCUGGUACAAUUCCUGAAAGUAAAGAAUCCUGAAAAAUUAAAAACAGUGAUAUGGCUAUUUCUACACUAAGCUCCCUAAGCACAGAUGGGUGAAUACCAUCUGUCCAUUGUGCUUUGUUUACAUUAACUUUAUUUAAUUUUUGAAUCACUUUAUCCUGUGUUAUCCAAUCACCUGUUUGCUGUAAAGCUUUUGUAACAGGGAUUUUGAAAUCGAAAGCCAUAGAUCUGUGUUCCCUACAUACUGAAGGAAAAUAAUUAUUUAGAAUUUCUGCCUUCUCCUGAUCCUCCUUGAUUAACUCACCCAUCUCACUUUUCAGUGGACGAACAAUUUCACUCUUAACCUUUUUGACAAUAACAUACUUAAAAUCCCUUUUAGGGGUGGUCUUGCUCUCUUUGUCUACGAGCGUUUCAUUUUCAAGUUUAGCCCAUCUAAUCGUUCUUUUAUAUAUGUUAUAGGAUACAAUCAAACCCCUCUGAUUUAAAUGUUUUGAAUGCCCCUUUCUUAUCUUUUAUCAUUUUACUGACCUUUGUAUUAAGCCACAUUGGUUUUAAUUUGCAACUUUUAUAUUUGUUUCCCAAUGAUGUCUAUUAAGAAAUAUACUUUUGUAGAAUUUGUUUAAAGAUCUUCCAUUUAUCCUCUGUGUUUUUGCCAGUGAAUAUUUCUUGCCAGUCAAUUAUUUGUACAGAUGCCCUUAUCCUAUUGAAUUUAAAAUGAAGUGAUUUUGUGUAGCUCAUAUAUUUUUUGAGCUAAUCUCAAAUGACACAAUAUUAUAGUCGCUAUUUGUGCUCCCUAACUUAAAUGUUUGAAAAAUAUGUCAACAUUAUUAGUUAUGACAAGAUUCAGAAAAAUAUCUCUUCUAGUUGGUGUUUCUACUAAUUGAGACACAAAAUUGUCCUUUAUCAGGUUAAAAAGCCCAUUUCCCUUAACUGUGUUACUAUUCCCUCUGACCCAAUCAUUGUCCGGAUAAUUAAAAUCUCCCAUGAUUAGCAAAUUAUCCAAUUGUGCAACCAUAUUAAUUUGAGACAGCAGUUGCUCUUCGCAUCAUUAUUAAUGUUUUGGGAUUUGCAACAUAUUCCUACUAUUAAUGGAUAUCCCCUGUUUCCUCCAAUGCAUAUUUCUACUAAUAAAUAAGGCUUCUACAUAAGGCUUCUAAUAAGGGUUCAACAUCACCUAUAUCAUUGCAUACAAUUUAUUUAACACCUGGCUUCAAAUCAGGUUUAAUAUAAAGACAUACUCCACCGUCGUUUCUAUAUUUUCUAUCCUUUUAGAUCCUGUAUAUCCAUUUAAAUUUGUCGCGCAAUAGUGCAUUUAAUCCCGUCAAGUCUUAUUAUCCCAAAUAUGUCAUACUGCUCCUCGAAUGCCAAUAUCUCAAGCUCCCCCAUUUUCCUACACAAGUUUCUUGCAUUAGAAAGCAGACAUUUAACGUUACCAUUUGUUUCUUAAACUUUAUUUGAACAACAUGUAAGUAAUACCUUCUUGCUCUGUCUGCUAACAUUACUACAAUCUCCAUAUCCACCCUCCUUGACUAUAUCUGAAUUCCCUCUCUUUUCUAUACUACCACAUUUACCCUUUCUUAACCCUUCCUACUACUCCUAGUUUAAAGCAUUCUAGCCAUCAUGUUCCCCAGCACAAAUGACCUUCUUCCAUUCAGAUGCAAUCCAUCAUGGCUAUAAAGAUUGUACCCAAGUGCAAAAUUGACUCUGUGAUCUAAAAACCCAAAACCCUCCUUCCUACACCAAGACAUCAGCCAUGCAUUGACCUCUCUGAUGUCCCGCUGCCUUUCCACUGUAGUACGGCACAAGUUAAUAUCUCAGAAAAUAGCUUUUAUCUUUCUUUUUUUUACCUAAUUCCCUGAACAUAUUCUUUUUUUUUACAUACAUUGCCUAUAAUUCUGAUUCACAUUGUAUUUUUAUAACGUUUAUAUUAUCUAUACAUGGUAAAAAUACUGCAAGACCCUUGAUUGAAAAUGAGACAGAUAUCCCUGCUAUUUAAACAGCUUGUGCCAUUCAUGCCUAGUGUCUGUAAUUAGCACUUUAAAAAGCCCAUACAAACAUGUUGCUUGUCUACAUGUAUUUUACACUGUUUGUUUUUUAAAUAAAUACACAAAAAUAAGUCCCGCACUAAAACUUCCACUACUCCUGGGCGUCAACAACGACCAUAGCACACAUCAGCCCCAAUACAUACACUCCAUGUGUUCCCGAUUAAGGGUUAAUAAGUAUGUAGGGGUUUAGAAAAAUACCCCUCUCUAUCUCAGAGAUGCCUAAAGCUGAAGGAAGCAAGGGGAAUUGUUAAGACCCACCUAAUAGAUUUGCCUUGACGUGGCAGGUGGGCUUAUACCUAAUGGCCAUUGGAGUUACUAAAUAACCUCCAUUUAUUUAAAUAUGCACAGGGAUUUGGGCUAGUGCGCAGUUAACUCUCUUUUUCUUAGUUUUUUUUUUGUUUUUUUAAUUCUUUUUUUUUUUGAGGCAUGUGAUUAUGGUGGUACAGAAAAAAGAGAGGGAGACUUGCAAGAGUUGUACAGAUUAGGGUCAUCGUAACAGAUUACAGAAUUCUCCUAGGAUUGUCAACCUCAUUUUAUAUUAUAUUAACAAGCUUAAACCAUAGAUAGAUAUCAGGUAGGGUAUUCGCUAGGCAAUGCACAUUUUUAUAAAAUAGGUAUAUAGAUAAGGCUAUAUGAAGGCACUAUAUUCAGUUUUCGCUUUUUACUGGAUACAUGCUUUAAGUACUUGCACAAUUGGUAUGUUUAAGUGAUAGGAAUAGCAUGCUUCAACAUAGUGGGCAGAGAAGCUAAUUUAUAUCAAACACAUCCCAUUGUGAUUUGUAGUUAAUAGAGCAGUAGGCUAUGAUGCACUAGCAGUGAGUAAUAGUGAAGACUAGGCUAGACGUGUAUAUCACAGUGGGGGUUGUACUUAAGUUUCAAGCUGUAUGGCUUUGCUCUAAAUAAUAAACAUUUGUACUUCACUAACUAGGUUAAACAUAACCCUGCACUUUGCAAGUAUUAGGAACUGCUAACAAGGGGGUAGGCGUAGCAAUAUUUAUGUGGAUUGAAAAACCAAGCUGGUGAACUCCGCUCGGGUUCCGCCGGUAGUCCCUCACGUUCCACGGGUCCUGCCCGCCGGAGGCAAUAGACUGUCAGGCAUGCUGAGUCUUCCGGGCCUGUGGUUUCCUCGCCUCCGACCCGGGUGGAGAGUUAGUGAGGGAGGAUCUGGCAUAUACCACGCCGCCGGCCCCGGGCUCCACAUGAGCCGACCAUCUGUGCCCACGGUUCCGGUUCCAUGGCUGGCCGGUAACGGGAUGACUGGUAAGUGUGGUGAGUCCAGGUGUUGGGCUUCGGUAUGAGGAGUGCCCUCAGGGGCUCAAGGCCCAGGAAGGCCGUCGUGGAGGCCAGAUCCAAGCCUGGGGUGAGGUGUGAUGGGGGUGCCCUCCAGUGUUGUCCCGAGUCGGGGGCGAAUGCUUCCAGUCGCAGUGCUGCCCAGAGAUGGAGAGUGUAGUUGGGCUUUGAGGCCGCCAUCUUGCAGGCAGGGCUCACUUGUUCCGGCGCCUCGUGUUUCGCUGGGGAGUUUGUGGAGGGUCGGCUCCCGCCAGUGGAGACCGGGAUAACCCCCCCGGUCCAAGGGGGGGGAGCGGGGCCUGUGAGGCACGUCACAGGGUCUUGGCUCGGUGAUCAGGUUUGCCGGCAGGGCGCAGGUCCCGAAGUCUCGUGCCACGUGGACCCGAAACUCCCGAUCUCGGAGUCCGCUGCGGCGCCCGCCAGUUCCCGUGCACAUUAGUGGUUUUCUUCUCCCAGUUGUCUGUGGUGAGGCCAUUAUUUCUUCCGUUUUAGGUUAGAAUCAGCAGGAGCCUCUGUAGCAUGCGACCGGACAGCAUGGCGGUCAGGCCCCGCCCCCGAACAUACUCUUUAAGGUCCUCCAUCUUCCUCCAACUUUGUCAUUGAUAACAAUAUGGACCAUGGCAGCUGGUCCAUCCCCAGCCCCUCACAAUAAUCCCUUCACACUGUCAGCAAGAUCACGGACCUGAACAACAGGGAGACAGCAAGCUGUCUGAUUGAUACUAUCAGAGCGGCAUCCUAUAACUUUACAGAGCUUUGUCACCCGCAAACACUGAAACAUGACUUCUAAUGCCUAUUUCAAAAUCAGUUCUAAAUAAGUUGAUUACAAGCAGACCCAGAACAGAAACCAGAUGAAAACCAUUUACCCAUUUGUCCCACUUGAAAAUUUACCUUUAAAGACAAUUCGCUUGUAUUCUUUCUUUAAGCCGAUAUUUUACCCAAGGACAAGAAUUUUCAUUUAGACCAAUUUAUUUUUGUUUGAACACGAACCUAUUGUGGGGAACCCUAUUGAAUGCCUUGGCAAAAUCCAGGUAGAUCACAUUCACUGCAACAACCCUUUUUUAAUAUAGGAAACACACAUCUCUCUUUCUUCAAUCCUCCGGUACAAUUCCUGAGGGAAAAGAAUCCUGGAAGAUUAAAAACAGUUGUUCGGGGGGGGAUUGUCCUAAAGGUGCAUGGAAGUGAACAUGUGAGCAGGAAGCUCUCCCGACCAGCGGAUAAUAACAGCGUGUUACUCAGCCGACAACCUUGCCAGACAACCUACCUACUUGAGGAAAGAGUUUCUGUACCAGAUGGCGACAAAAUCGCUUGAAAAAAAAUUGAAGCAGAAAACGCUACAUUUACAUCUUACCUUGCCACAGGCCUUGGAUCUUGGAGACCAAGAUAGCGCAGACAGUCCUAAUUCAUCAUGCAGGUGAAAGUUUUCAAACCAUCAAGGCUCUGAUGCAGGUGAUAGCUGAAGGCUUUACCCAACCUCCUGUCACGGUUCUCACCGUGCCAUCCAGACAGCCAGGCGUGGUUGCCCCAGAACUGCCUAACAGGGGAUUUGAACCUGGGGACUUCUGCAUCCUACACCUGAGUUCCUGUCUCUGAGCCACUUGUGAACUUUGGUUCUAACCUUGUUUUCCUGGCAUUUCCUGCAGCACUAGAGGGCUGGACAUCACCAGUGGCUCCUACCUGUCCAUCUAAGUUCACCUGAGUUAGUUCACUCAUUAGCUGCCCCUCCCUGAGAACAUUGUCAGUUUGUUGAUUCUUGUAUCUUGUUUCCUAAGACUGACUUGACCUUUUCUGUUUGGAUUAUUGGUUAUUGCCUGUUCGCUGCCUGCCCUGACUUUUGGAACCAUGUUUGACUACUCUUCUGGAUUUGCCCUUGUCUGUUUCCAUGUACCCGUUACUAUUCCUGCCUAAACCCCCGCACACAGAUUCACAGCCCAGGUAGCUCCUUAUCUGGUUACCGUGGGCUGUGUUUAAAUGCAAGGGUGUGCAAACAUCUCUGCACUUCAGACUCCAAAUAAGUUAAGCCGUGACACCCCCAAGCCCAGCAACAGAUACGUCCAUGAGGUUGCUGAAAGCAUUGUUUAAGUCUGACUUACAGCAAAUGGCUUCAGACAUCCGGCCGACAUCCAACAUAUCUGUGAGCGCUCAACGCGUCUGGAAGACCGCACAGAGGAACUUGUGGAUGCACACAAUUCAAUGGCUGAGGCCUACAACUUGCUCGCCCAAAAGCUAAAAACUUUGGACCACGAGGACAAGAAUAGGAGGAAACACAUCCGCAUACGCGGAAUCCCGGAAUCAGUCAGCAGCCUGACUUCUGCCGGCUUGUUCAAGAUUUGUUUAAAACCCUCAUACCAACUUUGAGUGACUCUGAAUUGAUACUAGACCGCACACACAGCCUCCCUACGCCUAAACACCUACCUCCUAAUACAGCAAGAGAUAUAAUUACGAGGGUCCAUUAUUUCACGGUUUCAAGACCGCUUGAUGCAAGCCUCCAGACUGCAUACCUCGUGACCGGACCCAUACUCCCAUAUUCAGUUGUUUACUGAUCUCUCCUGUGCCACAAUGUUUAAAAGGCGCAUGGUGAAGUGAAACGGAGUUGAUAAGCCAAUAUUCACACCGGAGGACGGGAGAAAACUGCUUCAAUAGUGGAAUAUUCCGGUAUGUCCUGAAGUAACCCAAAAUUCCUCGGCAACACUUACACCUAAAGCGCUACCUAAAGACUGGCUCCAGAUGCGUUGUUCUUCCUAUUUAUUAGCGGACCGCGGAGCCUCCAAGACCUGAGGGACUUACCACACCAUAUUGUUGUUCCAGUCCUCAUUGGGAUGGUUUGUCUCUAAAGUUCAGUACUGUUGUUUUAUUAUCCGUUUACAUUAUGGUUAGUUAAGGCUGUUGUCACCGUACUCAGUGAUUCACAGCUUCCACCGUGGUCGGGUGCUUCAGUGCCCACAUGUUAUGUUUAUGAUUUUAAAGUUUGACCCAUGCUGAAGAUUAUUUUUAAGAUCUCUUAGAUCUUAGCAUUGCCACUCACCAGGGCUACUCCCAAGGCUCUAAUUGUAGCCUACUUUGUCCGUUGUUCUUUAACCCAUCUAUGCCAUACUUGUAUGGUAAACGGAAAUCUGUAUAUAGUUAUUUGUUUGUUGAUUCCUGUAACGGAUCACCUGGCACCCCGACUGGGUACCUCCGUUAAAGGAUGCUCCUAGCGUUUCCUGAGGACUCCAAGCACUGCAGCAGACACCAAAACCACCGAACCGUAGGAGCAUAUGAAUGCUCUCAAGCAUAUGAAUGCUGUAGACAGUUGAAUAGGAACCAUACGAAUAGGUUUACUCUCCUAGCAGUCAAACUGGAACAGCAUACAAUAAAUCCUUCCCCAAUAAUGAGACGACACUUCACUUUGAGGGUUAAAACAGGAACUCCAGUACUGGCACAUACAGCCUCUUUUAUUCACAAUCCACAAAACAUAGUACUGCCCACAGGGUUUUGCAGAACCACCAAUAAACACAUUACAACACAUACAAUGCAAGUACAGCAGCCAAUCAGACACAAUGGGAAAAUAGAAACACACCCAGCAUAUUCCUCCCUUCUGCUUAGGAGAUAAUUGAGUCAAUUACUGUAUCUACUCAAUUAUCUCCAAGCUGAAAAGUUACUUUUUGUACAUUUUUAUAACUUUGUGAGUUAACAUCGCACAUACAUAAAACUUAUAUUAUUUUAACCAGUAUAACUUGGGGACAAACAUAUCCAAAAUUCACUUGAAUAGGUUCAGGGGUUUAACGGUUAGGUCGAAGUCCUUUGUUUUCACUUGCAAGCAUGAUUUUUCCUGGCAAACCAGUUCCCACUGGUUUGGCAGUGUCCCUGGGACAACACCCUGGAGAACAAUGGAUCCGGGGGUGGGGAAGAGGAAGUGUCCAAAAAGUUUCAGUAAGUCCAUUCACUGUGCUUAAAGGGCCAGUAGCCGCACAAUAAAAUACAAUAUGCCCAAAUAUUGCAUUCAAAAUUACAACUUUACCAGGGGCCAUAGUCAGCAGGUAGGAGGUGGGCAGCCAGGCCUCUCCAAUGCCAGGUGGCGAGGCGGGUUCCGACACAAUUCCCUUAUUACCUCAUUGAGUAUGUUCUUAUUAAGCUGCAUCUGUCAUCUAGUGUUAUGUCUAAGGCCAUGAAUGCCAUGUGGUGUUCCUUGGCCAGGGUGCUUAGCAGGCUAAAUCACCUUAUAUUGUAAGAUGGUACUGAAGAUCUUCUCAUUACAUGCUAAAUGGCUCAAUUCUCCUAAUAAGCACAGAAUGGCUAUGAAAGAUGCUAAACGCAGUGGAGCCCAUGUCGUGUUCUUCCAAGAGACGCAAUUUAAAUGGGGUAGCAGGCAUAGGUUUAUUUCUCCUUGGUUCCCACAUGACUAUCACGUGGUGUUUCUAUUUUAAUUAGUACUACAUUAGAGAUAGUGCAUUUUCUUUGAUAAGAAAAAAUUGUGACAAAAAGGGGCGCCACCUAAUGCCUUCUUAAUAACAUCCCAUAUACCCUAGUUAACAUUUAUGGUCCCAACGACAAUCAGCGUGUAUUUCUUCUUAAAGGACCACUAUAGGCACCCAGACCACUUCAGCUUAAUGAAGUGGUCUGGGUGCCUGGUCCAGCUAGGGAUAACCCUUUUUUUUAUAAACAUAGCAGUUUCAGAGAAACUCCUACACUCCCACACUCUACGGUAGAGAUCAAUGCUAUCAGCACGUGUCUGUGCCACACUCUCAUCUCACCACCUAGUGGACCCAUGGCGCAUACAACAUCCAACAGAAAUUGAUUAUACGUGCCACACGGCAGCGCAUAAUAGUUAUUCCCGAAUAGACCGCUUCCUCAUCACCACCACUAUGCUGCCCAAAAUUAAAGAAUCACAUUUUCUUAUCUUGUGGUCGGACCAUGCUCCGAACACCCUAAAUUUAGCAGAAAACUUUUCUAACAGGGGGCAAAGUACAUGGAGGCUCAGUGACUUCCUUCUCACUUAUCUCUCCAUAGUUUCCCAAAUCUCCACAGAACUUCAACACUAUUUUUUAGAAAAUAAGGUCCCUGAUACCCUCAUUGAGCAAAUUUGGCUAGCGAACAAAGCGUUUAUUAGAGGCAGCUUUAUAAAACAUGCUAGCUACGCCAAAAAACUAAGGCUAACUAAAUACACCUCACUUAUUGCCGAAAUUACAACACUAACACACUCAAACAAACAUGAUCCCAAUUCUACUACAUACACCAAAUUGCUUGAUCUACAAUCUCAACUUUGAGACAUGGAGCUCACCAAAAUGUCUUUUUUGCUUCUUAAUUCCAAACAUAGGUUUUUUGCUAACGGGAAUAGGUUGGGGGCCAAACUAGCUUCACAAUUUAAAACACGAUCUGUUGCUUCCAGGAUUGCGUUCCUAGUCAAUGGAAACGGUAAAAAAACACUAGAUCCUCAAGCUAUUGUUAAUCCGUUUAUUACUUAUUACAUUGGUUUGUAUAACUUAAAAGAUGACUGUCAGGAUGAACCAGUGGCCCAACACGCAGAAUUAAGAAAAACAGGUAACAAAUACAAACAGUAACAAUGUAUUACCGGGCCUUAGAAUUGCCAGAAUUAACAUAAUAGAAUAAACAGUCACGAGUCGAGGCCAGGAAUACAGAAAGGAACAAAUACGGAAAGAACAAAGCCAAAGGGUCAGGGAUACCAGAAAUACGGGCAGUCAUGUCAAGCCAAGAUCAAAAAACAAUAAUCAGAAUCAGGAACGCGCUCUCGGAUAACCAGCAGGAUGGAAACCACGACAGGGCACUGAACAACUGCAGGUUUGGGUUUAAAUAACUCAGUGAAUUCUGCUAUUGGCUGAGUUGGGUCCCAUGACCCCAGAACAUGCAUGCACAGCGAAAACAUGAUGCUGCACGCACGUUCAUGUCACUAGUCAUGUCAUUGUGGGUGGCGUUAUUAAUUGGGACCGUUCUGCAGCGGCCAGCGGCCCUCCCAAGGCUGGACCUGGCCGCCAAUCCACAAACAGCAUGGAGGGGGAGGCUCUGGGGCUGAGGUGAGUAACCUCUCCCUCCUUUAGUGCGACCAGGCCAAUCAGGCGCGGCCACACCAUUGUGCCGAUCAGGCACCGUGACAGUACCCCCCACAAAAAGACCGCCCACCGGGUGGCCAGGACCAGGCUUAUCAAGGUACCGGGCGUGGAAAGAAUGAAGAAGGCAUCCAGCAUGAAUGCCAACUGCAGGAACUCAUGAGCGUUCCUCAGGACCAUAACCCUUCCAAUCCACCAAAUACUGCAAAGAACCACGUAAGAACAUGAAACACGGAAAGGACCAAUGUAUCUAGGAGCGAACUUCAUAGAGGGUACCCUGAGUCUAAUGUGUCUAGUGGACAGCCAAACCUUGUCCCCUACUUGAUAAGAAGGUGCUGCACUACAUCUCUUAUCAGCAUGCUGCUUAAAAUGGGACGCAGCACCGGCUAAGGAAGAAUGAACCAGAUCCCAUGUUUUCCUCAUAGAGGUUAUACCAUUCCCAGUGCUACAGACGCAAAAGCGGAUACCCAACCAUGCAGUUUUCUCUUACUUGCAGUUAAAAAGCAUUUUGAAUACCCAUGCUGCGUCACUACACCCUACACCACAUCCCAGUUAUGUUACCCCCCAGAUACUUAUAAAGAGAUGUUGGUCUUUGCCUACUAAACUGAAGGCCCUUACUCUUUGCUAUAGAUCCUGACAGGAGCUCUCGCCGUCUAAAUCCCAACAAUGCAGAACGCAGUGGGAAUUGGACUGUGACAUGGCCCUGACCUAUACCAAUGGACAAAAUGCUUCUCUCACAUAGAGGCGCACAGGAAACUCCUAUAUCAUUGGUAUUUGACCCUUCCACCGACUUCCCUAACUCAUAUCCGUUGUGUUGGAGGUGCACUUCAAACAGCGGCACCUUUAUACGUACAUAGUGGUCUUGUGGCGGCAUCCAACCACUCUGGUAAAUGGUCCGCUCUGUCCUGGACAACUUAGAUGUACCCACCUUCACGUUGACUGCGUCCACAUGCCUAUUGCUGUUAUUUCCACAAUCCUUGUCAUAUGGCCAAAAGCAAUUGACUGUUCUUGUGAUAUUGCCAGCACGUAAUCUCAUUACAACCAUUGGAAAUUUCCAACAUGCUCUUCCUUGUCCCAGCUAAUUGACAAGAUAUCUCAAUUCUACACAUAGCGCUCACCUCUAGCAAGAAAACACAAAUGUUUAAUGAUGGAACGCAUGGGAGAGGAAAUAUAGUCGGGGUGUUGUUGACACAGGCACAGCAUGUUAAUCCUAGGCCCUGCCUGCCCAGCCAGGUCUCAUUGACACACUCUAGACGCCGGUAUAUCUGAGCUUUUUUAGAAUUUCACUAUCAUGAUAGUACAGUCGACUGUCCACAGGCACCACUGGCAAUGCUAUUGGCAACGAUAGACAUUGAUCUAGCUUAACAUACUCUCCAACCCCAAUCAUUGUAUAUUUUUGUAAUUUUUAGCUAAUCCUGUUUUUCUCUGUUUUUCCUGCUUUUCCUGUAUAUUUCUUAGGGGCAAGUACCCUGUUCAUUAACAAUGCACGUUGUACAAAUACUUGACAGAAGACAGUGUCCUUAUCCCAGUUAUUUCUUGCAUCCACUGUUUACGCUAGCGACAGAUGGUAACACACUCAGGCUUUUAUGCCAACCUAUGAUUGUUACCACAAAUGUUCCUUUGUAUGACUAAGCAGGCGACUCAGGUUCAGUCUCCAUAAAGGGUUCAGGUAGACAAAUCUCAAACUGUGAGGUGUACAUGUAGGCAGAUGAGUGAAGCUAUUGUUGAUGUAUGAUGUCCACAAAUGCUUAUGUGCUGUCAUGUAUAUUUUGAUGGAAAUAUUGUACCCCAUUAACCUACCCCCCUUCUUCCUUGUGUACCCACAUUCUCUUUUAUCGUUGAAAAUCAAUAAAACUACAAAUUAAAAAAAACAAGCUUGUGUAAAAAAACAAAAGAUUCUAGAAAACAUAAUAGGCGAUAAGCUAAGUUUUCUGAGAAAAAAAGGACCAUGUUAUAGUUUUAUACAUGUUCAUCUCUUUUAGAAACCGUCCAAGCAGUCUCGGAAAGCUUCGGGAGAUGAAGGGGAGAAAGAUAACAAAGACGAAGGGAAUAAGAGUGGUUCAGAGGCUGGUGAUGCAGACAACGACAUAAGAAAUGCUUCAGAAGUGCAGAAAAGCAAUGCAGGGGUACGAAUGGCAAAUGUGCACAUAUUAACUUUUAAUGGCCUUAAUGAUAGUCCUUUUAUAAACCAGAUUCUGCCUGCAGUGAUAGAUCUAGUUCAGGAGGUUGGUUGGAAAAACAUGUGCUACAAUGCAGACUACCUGACACUGGUGAUAUUUGUGGACUACGUUUCCCAUGAUAUAUGCUUAUAUGUACAUUAUUGGAAAUCUAGUUCAUGAACAUAUGUGCCAAGGUUAGCCACCAUUUGCAUAUAUUUUACAUAUUUCAUAUAUAUACGCUAUAUUGCAUAUUACAAAGUUAUAUUGCAUAUUACAAAGUAAUGUUAAUGGCUUUUGGACUUAUUUUGGUAUGAACUGAGUAUACUGUAAUCAUAAUCUCAACUCAAAAGAGAGUAUCAUAAACUUUAACACUAACCAGGCCACUAAAUCAGUUUCACUUAUUAAAUAUAAUUAUUUAUUUUGAUGAAGUAUCAGUUAAAAAUUUCCAUAAAUCUAUUAAUUAUACUUGUAAAAAAUGUGAUCCCAUGUUGCAAACAAUGAAAGAUGUUUAGUACCAACACAACUGGUGGGAUAACGUAGCACUUGGACCAACACUAUAUUAAUACAUUCAAUUUGCUGGAAAACAAGGAGUAAUUGGCCAAUCUAGUCCUAUUUAACAUUUGAUAAAAUGUGGCUUAGAAAAGUUUAUGUUGCUAAUACUGGGUAAACUGUUACCAUUAAUAUGUGCCAUUUCAUGUAUAGAAUUUGGUUUCUAAGCACAGUUAUGAACACACCAUACUUUAGUUUUACAUUAUAAACUGUUACUACAGCAGAGAUUGUUUCUGUAUAAACCAGUAAUUUGUAAAGGAUUUGUAGGUGAAAAUACAUAAUUUCCAGCUCUUCUCCUUAAUAUUUGGCAAUGAAUCUACAAUCUGUGUGCAAGCCCCUGAACCUUUUCAUUUUUAGAUAUAUGAGUUGCCUUAAAAUCUGUUAUCGCAUAUGACAGAGGCUACAAAUACAUAGAUCCUUGACCAGUAAAAUCUGCUCCGUUUUAUUGGCGUAGUUUCUUAGGAGGAUAUAAAUUCAAGAUUCGUUAAAAAUAAGAUAUUUGAUUACACAUACAAUUUCCUUUACCUGGUUUUAUUUUUGUUCACACAUGCUUAUAAAUAAGCAUUCACAUGGGCUAUACUGAAAUGUCUAAUUACUCUGUGAUCAGAGUAAUUCAUUUGUGACACAGUUAUUUUUUCACAUUUAUAGAUAAUUACUACCAGAACAAAGCACUGGCAAGGCAACUGCACCAAAGAAUAAAUAUGAUCAAAUUAUUUGAUAUUUUGUGCAGCAGGGAUGCAACAUUCUGGUGUUAGCUGUGCUGUCUACAAGUCUCAAACGUGAAACAUUGCAAUAUAAUAUAUCAUAAUUAUUCCUAACUUAAUUCACAUGUAUAAACACCCUUGUGAUCAUUGUAUACAUUUCACACCAGCACUGAAGGGACGGUCUGUUAUGCAUUUGUAUAAUAAGUAACAUAAAUAGUCACAGACCUUCUGCCUUGAUUUCCCGCUGAUUUGCAAUGUUGCCAGCACAUUACGGUUAAUCCAUUUGCCAUAAAAUGCAAGAAAAUCCAGAAGGUGGCAACUCAUCGCAUUAAAAGUCCAACUUAGUAAGGGCAAACAAUGGUAUUUGUUUAUUAAAUGUUACUUAGUGUACACAUUUUUUCAAAUGUCUUUCAAAGGUGGCUGAUUACAGAAUGUUGAACAAAUAAAGAUUAUGACAUGUUUGUCCUUAUUAAAACAAAACCUUCAAGAAUCAGAAAGUUUGACACAGGUGUUCUGUGAUUUUCCUGCAGAAUGUUUAUUCAAGAGGUGGGGCCCGUAAGAAAUGCACAGAUCCUAAAGAGAAAUUAUAAAUCUUAGUGGCACACAGGCAAGAUUUGGUGAGCAUACAGCUAUGAGUAAAAUGUCAGUGUAAAGUGAAUGAAGACACUGGAGCUCAUUCUUCUGCAGACAAUGUCAUCUGUGAUGUGUCAAAUUGAUUUCUAAUAUACCGCAUUGUGAGUAGGGUUCCACCGACUGGCCGUGAGCAGACAUUUAUAUAUAUUUUUUCUGUAUAAAACGUUAAGAACGUGAACUAAGUUAUAAUUUUAAUGAUGUGUUUAAUUACCCCAGAUUUUAUAUUUCCUCAACACUCUAGAUUUACACCGCAGAUAAAUCAUAAUGGAUCGUAUUUAUUUUAUUAUCAAGAUUGCUCCACGAUGCACUUUUAAUAAUCCUCUGUGCGUGGGAGUUCAAAGAUUAGAGCCACCUCCUUCCAGAAAUGGUGGAAAACCUUGCACUCAUUCACAAUAAAUGCUCAAAUACCCAUUGGAAUCUCGGCUGGAGGUGCAGAAUCAAGCAGUGGACCCCUAUAGUACAAAUAUCUAGGGGUUCCUGUGAUGAAAAGUCAUACCAGCCAUAUCUCUUUGAAUUUGUCUUUGUGCCCACCUUUAUUACUGUUUGCAGUUGCCAAUGCAUUUGGUGCUAGAUCAAUGCCAGUAUUGUUUUAAGGCAACGAUGGUCCUUUAUAUCAUAGUUGGCUUUACCCCCUCUAAUCUUAUGCAUACUUGCUUAUUACUCAAAAAAAAAAAAGAAUACAACUAGCACCCAAGCAGCCACCAUGUUCAUCCUUCCUAGAAUCUGUCGGUGUGUGUGUAAUGGUAAGCCACAGAAUAAUAACCAUAGGACAAAGUGGCUAUGCUUCUGAAAGACUUAAUGGAGCUUUCUUUCCUUAUAUGAUAAUGUAGGUAUCCAUUUAUCUUUUUUUAAUAUCACAAUAAUGUCCAUGGAUUUUGUUCUAUUUAGUUAUAGAACAACUAUAAUUAACAUAUGCAUUUGCUUUGUCUCACGACACUCUGAUGGAAUCUUUAUAUAUAUAUAUAUGUUGAUUAUUACAUGUGGUCUCAAUGCAAAACUAGAUGUACAGUUAGGUCUGGAAAUAUAUGGACACUAACACAAGUUUUGUUAUUUUGUCUGUUUAACAAAAUAAAUUAAAGUUACAGUUAAAUAUUGAAUAUGGGCUUAAAGUGCAGUCUCUCCGCUUUAAUUUGAGCUUAAUCAGAUUUAAAUUGGAGGAAGGGUUUAGGAAAUAUGAAGCCCCCUCUUUUUCAAGGGACCAUGAGUAAUUGGAGAAUCGACUCAAAAGCUGUUUCAUGGACAGGUGUGGGUUAUUCCUUCGUUAUUUCUUCAUCAAUUAAACAGGAAAAAAGGUCUGGAGUUGAUUCCAGGUGUGGCAUUUGCAUUUGGAAUUGAAACAGGACAUCUUUAGGCUGCAAAAAAAAUCCAUCAGAGAGAUAGCAGGAACAUUAGGAGUGGCUAAAUCAACAGUUUGGUAGAAUCUGAGGAAAAAAAGAACGCAUUGGUGAGCUCCGCAACACAAGGCCUGGACGUCCACGGAAAACAACAGUGGUGGAUGAUUGUAGGAUCCUUUCCACGGUAAAGAAAAAUCCCUUUACAACAUCCAGCCAAGUGGAUAACACUCUCCAGGAGGUAGGCAUAUCAUUAUACAAGUCCAUAAAGAGAAGACUGAGAGCAAAUACAGCGUGUUAACCACAACGUACAAACCAUUUAUAAGCAUCAAGAAUAGGAAGGCCAGAUUUGCCAAAAACAUCUUAAAAAAGCCAGCCUAGUUCUGGAACAUCAUAUUUUGGACAGAGGGAAUUAUUACCCGAAACAUGCCGCAUCCUCUGUAAAACAUGGUGGAGGGUGUGUGAUGGCAUGGGCAUGCAUGGCUUCCAAUGAUACUGGGACACCAGGGUUUAUUUUUGAUGUAAUAGAGGCCAGAAGCAGCCGGAUGAAUUCUAAAGUGUAAAAGGAUAUAUUGUUGCUCAAAUUUAGACAAAUUCAGCAAAGUUGAUUGGACAGUGCUUCACUUUACAAAUGGUCAAUAACCCAACAUACUGCAAAAGCAAACCCAGGAAUUUUGUAAGGCAAAGAAGUGGAAUAUCCUGCAAUCACCUGAUCAAGCAUGCAUUUCACUUGCUGAAUACAAAACUUAAGCCAGAAGACCCACAAACCAACCACAACUGGAGACAGCUGCAGUAAAGGCCUGGCAAAGGAUCACAAAGGAGAAAAUCCUUUUGGUGAUGUCGAAGCGUUCCAGACUUCAAGCAGUCAUUGUCUGCAAAGGAUUCUCGCUUUUCAUUUGAGGCAAUGAAAUAAGGGGGCUGUGUAUGAAAACGGUUACAAUUCCUAAAUGUUUCAUAAAAUAUUUUUGUUCAACCCCUUGAAUUAAAGCUGAAAGUCUGCAAUUCAAUUUCAUCAGAGCCAAAAUUAUGAAAAUUGUUAUAGUGUCCAAAUAUUUCCAAAUCUAAGUGUAUUUUAUUUAAAACCCUUUUGCUGUGUGCAUAUUGAUUGCAUUAUUUUAUGACAAAUCUGUGCAUUCUUUCUAAACAUUUAACUGAUACUGAAUUUUUUUUUUAAAUCACAGAAAGGCAGUGUCUCACAUUACAAAAUUAGGCCCUGCGCUCAAUCUCCCACUACUCCUUGGUGGCAACAAUGACUAUAGUACACAUCAGCCCUAAUACCUACAAUAAAAAAAAACCAAAGAAAAAAGUUACUUGCGUACUAUCCCAUGUCCCUAUACACAUUUAAAUAACUGGAGAUUUUUUAGUAUCACUCCACUGGCCAUUUAAGUGUAAGCUCACCUGCCACGUCAAGGCUAAACCUCUUAGGUGAGUCCUACACUAACAAAUCAGCUUGCUGCUUUUUGCUUUGGUUUUUAGUGUCUCAUAUUAAUUGAAAUAUUACACUGUGCCUAAAUUCAUGAGUGCUGAGAGGCCCCUAAUAAGUUGUAUUUCUAAUACAACUCAUUUGCAGUAUGUGUGGCAAAUAGCAUAUAGAUCAAGUGUUAUGUUUUCCUAUUAAUAAAAGUUAUGUGGACACAAAGUCUUUUAUUCACUAAAUAGUGAGUUUUGGUGAGUUUACAAGCAAUUAUGAAAAUAUGGAAUAAGCAGAGUUGGAAGAAUUCUCUACCAUGUAGGAUAUUUUUCACAAGCUCCUGUAUGGUCUUAGUCGUUGCUCCUUGUAUGUCAUCUCACCUUAACCCACUGUUGAGUGAACAAACAGUGACUGUACAAAAUCCAUUGUUUUAAUGUUAGCAACACACUAGUCACAAUUUGCAGAUGCAUUUAUAUAUAUAUAUAUAUAUAUCUUUCUAUACAUAUGUAUUUUAACUAACAUGUUUGUUCAUUUAUUUUUUACAGACUUAACCAAGUACUGCAUACUGUGGGAAGAGGUCCAUAAUUCGCUGUGUAGUAUUCUUGGAUUUGAUAUAAUUCAACGCAUUUCAUUGUUACUACCUAGCAAUUUGUCAGUUUGUAUUCAUAUGAUCAUGUUCCUAUCUGUUGUAUUUGCUGGUCUUUCAUUUUACAUUGAUCCGUUGCAUGAUACUUCCCUACUAACAGUCUAAAACAACGAUACAUGUUUACAGCCUUCAACAUGUACAUAUUUUUCCUCCAAACCUCUAAGAACAUUCACUCCUGGACUUAUAAAAUCUAUUUUCAUAAAAGGCAGUGUGGAACUCGUUCUCUGCGGCACGCCAUCGACAAUGAAAGGGUUAAACUGCAGGAUCACAGCGAGAUAACUGUCCACUCCACAUUCCUUCCUUGUAUGAACUGUGUUUAUAUAAUUCAAUUGUGGUUUGGUUAUAAAACUAAUUACAAUGUAAAGAAUAGAACGUUUUCAUCAGAAUUGAGAACACAAAACUACAUUUGAACACUUGGUUGUAGGUUAAAAUGUCCUUAAUUCUUGGCUGUGUCAGUCCAUUUCUUCUUGUUAAUCUCCUUACGAUCUCCUUUUGGAGUUUGCAAUGGUUUACAGGUACUGUUAAACCUGUAUCUUAAGGAUUUCCCUGGCACGUAAUGGUGUACGUUUUUCUUUAGAACGUUGUGCUUCAGGAAACUUAGGUAUCCUGUGCUAAUCACUGCUUAAAUCGAAGUAUAAGUUAUCACUCCAAAUUAUAUGGCAGCUAAACUGCAAAGAAGACAGAAAGCCUGGUUUUAAUUGUAUGUGAACAAUAGGAUUUAGAAAUAAACAACCAAAAUAAAUAACUAUCAACAGAAAUGUUAAAUAAGGGGAACUCAAAAAGGGAAUUUGAUAUGUUAAUGGAAAAUGUAAGAAUAUAAAAAGGUGGUUGUUCUUGUUUUAUUGAUUAUAAAGCGAUUAUAGCUUACUAAGCAUGUCUUUAUAUCUGUAUUUAAAUAUAUUAACAUCUGAUAGGAAUGUUGAAAGCCGAGGAGAGUGCACUAAACUAGCAGAAAGUGGGCAAAGAGUUACAAAUAUGAAUAAAAUCUACAUAGAUUGGUUUCUGGCAGUGCAGCAUUCAAUAAACCAAAAAUAACUCUCCAAAGACAUCUUUUUUAAAGGAGGAAUUAAUCAAACAUAUUAAUCCGCUUGCAGGAAUGGAGCUUAAAUAUUAAUUUGGUGGAGAUAUAUACAGUCUGCUGUAUAAGACAUAUAGUUGUGAAUUAACUAGGUCUGAAAGACUAACUCGUUUUGGGCAGUAGCGUCUCCAUCUGUCACUUAAAGGACUUUUUUUUUAUUCAAAUGAGUCUCUUCUUGUCAAUACUAAACCAACAUGAGACUCAUUUCAAUACAAAACUCAGUGCUGUGCCAAACAAAAAAUAACAAAGCAAACUGACAUCACAAAGGUCCACUUUAUGCCAUAUUGUCACCAUAUUUAGUGCAUUGCUCCCAAAUAAAUGCCUGUCAUGCCACUUCCUCAGGUAGUGAACUGUAACAAUUUUUUUUAUAAGUGUUGCAGAACACACUUAUAACCUGUCGAUGAAGUGAUAAGGCUUAAAACAGAUGUAGAUUAAUGAAUAAGCAUUCCAUUUUUUCCUGUGAACAGUACUAUUAGCUAUUGUGAAUAUAGAUUUAUUUAUUUUUAUGCAAGCUUUUUUAGUGAAUACAUUUAUUUUCUCUAUUUCUAUUAUUUUUGCUCAGUGUACUUUUAAGCAUUUUUUGCAGUGUUUGUAUUUGAAACCUGUAGAGUGUAAAGUCGUAUCUUGCUGUUUUUACUAAAUGGAUUAUUUGAAUGUGUAGCAGAAAGUAGGGGUGUGUGAAAAUGUAUUUCACUCAACAAAGCAAGGUAUAAAAAUGAGUUGGUUCCCCUGGCUAAUCCAUGCUUGUGCAAAUAGUCAUUUUCUCCUUUUUUAUAAAAAAGUAUGUGCACACAUGCCUAAUGGCAUGUAUUGUGCAUGCCCAUAUAGAAUGUAUUCAUGCAUUGAAUCACAUGUAUGAGGUCUGUCCGGAAAAAAACUCCAGCUAUUGUUAAUAUAAUGAGAACGGACGGUUUGCGCGCCAACGAUGUAACCAGGCAGCCAAGGAGAGUGAACUGGAAUGCGCAUGUGUGAACAAUGACUAUUUCACUGUACUAGUCAGUGUGGGCACUAGAUACCUUUGAGUGGGCAUGUGUACUGUGGGGCCAUCGAAUUCAAAAUGACUGAGUAGAGCAACAAAUCUGCAUCAGAUUUUGCGUUGAACAUUCCUCCGCAGAAACUAUUCGGAUGAUUCAGACGGCUUUCCAAGGAGAUGUAAUAAGUGCAGCGCGAAUAAAAGUGUGGCAAAAAUGCUUUAAAGAUGGUCGAGAAUCUGUUGAACGAUUUGGAGCCCUGCGACUUCUGGCUUUUCUGAAAACUAAUCACCUUUGAAAAUGAAGAGAUCUCAGACCGUCGAUGAGAUUCAGGUAAAUACGAUGAGGCAGCUGAUGGUGAUUCCAACAAAGGAUGUUGCAGAGUGUUUUGAACAGUGGAAAAGACACUGGGAGAACUGUGUGAGGUUCCAAGGGGCCUACUUUGAAGGGGACUGAGGUGUCAUUAUAUGUAUUGUAUCUCUUUCAAUAAAUGUGUCUAUUUUUCAUAUUACUUGGCUGGUUACCUUCUGGACAGACCUCGCAUGUAUGCCUGAUGCACAGUUACAGUUACUUGGUAUUGUAGAUGUUUGUGAAUCACAUUUCCCAGGAAGCUCUGCCAGCCCUUAGCACCAUGGGAGAUAUACUUUUAAACAACUGCAGUGCCAAUUUUAGCCAUUAUUGUGCCAGCACAGGCGUGUUUGUGUAAAAAAGGGAAAAUGUACAUUUUGUGAGAAAAUUUCUUUAGCCAUUUUACAAAACUGCAGAUAUUUUCUGCUAUUUUCUCUCACCAAUUUUAAUGACAAACUAGGCAAACUGUCCACUGGUUUGCAAGUUUUCCCACGAACAAAAAAUGGUCAUAUUUGAUUUCACUUAUAAUGUAUGUAACGCAUAUAUUAAAGCAAAAAGUUCUGUAAACGUUAGACUUGGUAAUAAUUACAAUCAGUAUUUGUAGUGAUGGCAUUUUAUUCUGUGGAUACAUUGUGGAAAGAUGAGAUUCAUUUUCUCUGUCCUGAAAGGGCCAUGUUAUAGUUCAAUAAUAAAGACACCACAUACAUUACUAACUAUGCUUGUAGCCUUUUAGUGAACAGAUCAAUAGAUUAUACAAAGGUAAACAGUCCGCUGACCUUUUAAUUGCUUGGAAGGUUUUAAUAACUUUGUUUUCUGCUUAUGUAAAUAGUUAUACAUUUUCAAGAUUGUGCAAUCUAUACAGAUAAACCUACACUCAUUAUAAGGGAAUGAAAAGUAGAUUAUUUGCUUAAGGUGACAUUCCAGGCAUUAACACAAUUUAAAGGAUCACUCCACAUCCAUAAAGUACUUCAGUUUGCUGAAGUGCUUUAUGUGUGAGACGUAUCCCAUCUUAAUUUAAAUUAUUUCACCUAUUUCUAUGAAAAAUCAGCUUUAUAAAUUAACAUUCCUGGCUGUAUAUCAAACAGUCAGGGGGAUAUUAUUCCUCCUUUCGUUAUAUCCACUUAGCUAAUGGAAGCGUGCAUUGCUAGAGUGCACCUGCCACUAAUUCCGAUUGGCUUCCACACGGGCUCCUCCUUUGAGCUAUGGUAUUUAUUGAAUAGGACAAGAAGCACAUGUUUCCACCCUCUUCAGUGUAAACACAUAGCAGAUGGAAGCUGGCAAGUUGUAUCGGAUAAUGUGGGAUCCUUUCAGGGAGGCGUAAGAGUCUCUGCUUAGUGAUAUCACAGAAAAAUCACAGUUUUUGGUCACAUUUGAAGGGGCUAGGGCUCCAAGGGAUCGUGCAAAAAUGAAAUCUCUCAUUCUGAGUUUGUUUUAUGUGAUUGCCAUUAUUUGCAGUACCGGCCACAAAUUGAAAUUAUGAUUUAGAAGUAUAUCUGUAAUGCUGAUCUCUCUCAUUCCAUUUCAGUUUGCAUGUUGUGCUAUAAAUAGUACAGACUGCAUAAAGCAAAUGGUGGUCUGAUAUUUUCACUAUCCCCACCAGUGCAUUUUGCAAAGUAAAAUACAACAUUAAGCUUCGUUGUGGGCAGCAUAGAAUAGCACAGGUCCUAGCAAUGAAAAGAGCAGUAACAAUAACAGUCUCUUUGAGAAUCAUUACCCAUGAUAAUUGGACCUCAACCAGCUUCCAAGAAUAAAAGCUGGUUGAGAGUUUCUGCGGAAAUGGUGGAACUAAAAUACUGAAGAUGAAAAUAUAAAAACUCUUAAUACAUAUUAUAAUACAAAAAAAGGGCACUAUGCUCUAAAACCACUGGGAAUGGUCAAACGUAGACCCUUAGACCAGAGUGUCCCUUUAAAUGAUUUACAUAUUAAUAUAUUGUACUUAAAGGAACAGUGAACAGUACAACACGAUCGUUAUGACUGAGAGAAAUAUGCCGUUAGGCAGGUAAUAUGCUAACUGCCGUUUUCUUGCAAUCUAGAUAUUUAAAAACAGUUCAUGAAAUGAAGUUACAGAUCUGUAUACUGAUUUUUUUUGGAUAUCUCCUAAUUACACUACAUUCAAAGUCACUGCAUCUUAAAACUAAGAGAUGGACAUAUCGAACCAGUAUUUCUUUUAAAACUGAUUUAGGAACCCAUGAACAAUAAGCUCCAGCAUCUAACUCCACUGCUAAUAGGACGCAAUCAACAUUAGCUGCCUACUAGUUCCUGAGCAGCAUAAGGAACUAAUGUAUCAUUAAAAUGAUGCAAUUAUUAUUUACAGUCACAGAAUUCUUACAUAUUAAAUUGUCUACAGCCAUUAAAUGACCAUGCGGCCAUGAAUCGUGAAAUGUGCUUUGUAAUGCACAGUACAUGAAAACAGUGUUUAAAACAAACAUUGCCUUUAAAACAUAUUACCUUAGUUGCAUUCACAUUUACUAUUUAUUUCAGUCUUUUAUAAACCACAACUGGUUUGUCUGGCACAACCCAGAAUCCUUGGCAGUUACUAAAGAUAUCGUUUACAUUUUUUAAAAUCUGAUUUGUAUUUGUAACAAAGAGACGCUUUGUGUAAAUCAGUUAUACUGAACGUGACUGAUACUUUUAGUCAAUAGAAACCUUUAUUUGUCUUUCACUGUAUGAAAAGUCCUGGUUCCUGAUUUAUACACAUUCAUCUUAACACAGAGAUGAAUUUAAAAUUGCUCUGAUAACAUUGAUACUUUUGGAUCCAAAAGAAUGUAAAGUUCCACAUGUGUUCUUGAGCAUUUUUGGAGAGCCUCAGUUUAACCUCAAACAGAUACAAUAAAACACAACACAAAAAGUCUUGAAACUGAUGACCAGUCCUUUUUCCUGGAAAACUUCACGAGGUGUUACUUGCUACCUUGGAUGUGGCUAUUCAACUUUGGCCAAUGAACUCGUCUUUAUGAAGAGUUCUGGAUUAUUUACACAUCUGUAGGCCAACAGCUGUGGAAUGGUCCCAUAAAGUACAUUUGUCAACAAAAAUACAAUUGUGGAGAUGUUGGGAACUCUGUAGAUAUAAGGUGUCCUUGCAUGAAGCGAAGCACCAAUAUGAGAAAACUGUGCCUG